GGUGCAGCCGGAGUUGGAGGAGUGGGCUGUGGACAAACACACAGAGGAGAGCCCUACAGACGCUUACGGCAUCGUUAACUUCCAGGGAGGGUCGCACUCUUACAGAGCCAAGGUAGGGUGGAGAGAAGCUUACACACUCAAGCGCACACACACACACACACACACACACACACUCACAGAGACUGACACUCCCUAAGCGCUUAACCCAACAAUCCAAAACAGUGUCUAAGUCACAUUGUGUCUAUGGCCAUCACCCCAAAUGUAUACAGUAUAAGACAUCCUUUGACCUGGCCUGGCUUAGCAUUCUGGAAACUCUUCAGUGCCCUGAGCUGAGCAGCCUAGCCUGUCUAGCCUUCCUCGAUAGCCAGUGGCUUCAUCCCAAAUGGCAUCCUAUUCCCUAUAUAGUGCCCUACUUUUGACCAUAGCCUAUUGGGCUCUGGUCAAAAGUAGUGCACUAUGUAGGUAAAAGGGUGCCAUUUGGGACGUAGACAACUAUACCACCUAGGAAAACACUUUUACCUCAGACUAACUUACUUACUUAGGCCUUUGUAUAAACAUAGGUAAUGUUUCUGAUGAGUCAACUACAUUUUACAUUUUCUUUUUUACAUUUUAGUAAUUUAGCAGACGCUCUUAUCCAGAGCGACUUACAGUUAGUGAGUGCGUGCAUACAUUUUCAUAAUGGCCCCCUGUGGGAAACGAACCCACAACCGUGGCGUUGCAAGCGCCAUGCUCUACCAACUGAGCUACAGGGGACCUACAUCCUUUUCAGACUAAACUAAGUGUUUAUUGUUGUGGUUAUUCUACAUGAAGGAGGUGAAUAUAAUCACAUAACGCCAUUUAAUCUAAUAUUUUAGAAACAGCAGUGACUAUAAUACGAGGAAAUCCCCCUCUUAAAACUACAGGUUUAUUAUGCCUUGGAGCAAGUGAAGGGGUUGGGUGGCUGUGAGACUGAGGAUAUCCUUUACUGUACUGUACAUUCCGCUUUCCAUGGCCCAGAUUAACACAUUUAAUGGAGAAUCUGUAUCAAGCAUGUCCAUGUAGGUUCGGGAAAUCGGCCCUCAAAGACCCAAGAAUUGACAUUGCAACAUCAUUAAUAAUAAUGUUGCGCUCAGGGUUCAAACUUAAAAUUAAAGCUGGGCGUCUUUUGAAAGGACUACAACAUUUUGUUUGUACAUGAGAAGUUCUAACCAUCCAAUUUCUCCUUUCGGCUCCGCUCUCUCCUCUCCUCUCCUCUCCUCUCCUCUCCUCUCCUCUCCUCUCCUCUCCUCUCCUCUCCUCUCCUCCUCUCCUCUCCUCUCCUCUCCUCUCCUCUCCUCUCCUCUCCUCUCCUCUCCUCUCCUCUCCUGUCCCCAGUAUGUGCGUCUGUCCCAUGACAGCAGGCCAGAGAGCAUCCUGAGGCUGAUGCUGAAUGAGUGGCAGAUGGAGCUUCCUAAGAUCCUCAUCUCUGUCCACGGAGGCAUCCAGAACUUUGACCUGCACCCCCGUAUCAAACAGGUGGUGGGGAAGGGCCUGAUCAAAGCUGCUGUCACCACUGGGGCGUGGAUACUGACGGGAGGGGUUAACACAGGUGACACACAUACACAUUUGCAUAGAAAAACGCACAUACGCUAGCACACACGUGCACACAGAUUUGCGCAAACUCUCUCACACACUGACACACACACACACACACUGCUAUUACAGUUAUUGUUCUUAUUAAGCAAAAGGCACACAAGUCGGGUGUUCUGUCUUAGCAGAGUACUACUGGGACCUAAAGACUGUGUUUAACUCAUUAUGGAGACCUAAUGAUCAUGUUUGACUCAUUACUUAAUGACAGUGUUUAACUGAUUACUUACUGUAGUGGGUUAAUUAACCAGGCUGGUGUUUACUCUGACUGGUCCUGAUAGUGACACUCCACUGCAGCAAACUGGCUAUCCAGACAACUACACUUGUAACUAGUCUGUUUGGAUACAUUGCUUGUUGUUGAUUGGUUGUAUUUGAACCCCUGACCUCCAGGUGUUGCCAAACAUGUGGGUGAUGCACUGAAGGAACACUGUUCUAGAUCGUCAAGGAAGAUCUGUACAAUUGGAGUCGCUCCCUGGGGCGUCAUUGAGAACCGCAAUGACCUCAUCGGGAGAGACGUAAGGAACACACAAGUUUGUUUUACUAUCCUUGUGGGGACCAAACAAUUGAUUUAAAAUCCUAUUUUCACUAACCUUAACCCCUAAACCUAACUCCUAACCCUAAAAUAGCCUUUUUCCUUGUGGGGAUCGGCGAAAUGUCGUUUUCCUUGUUUGACUAUCCUUGUGAGGACUUCUGGUCCCCACAAGGAUAGUAAAACCCAAAAACCCCACACACAAACAAGCACAUCACAAUACUUACAUACCCAGUAUUUAUUUUUCAAGUGGUCAAAAAUAUCUGCUGUCCAGUCAGAAUAGUGUGUGUGUGUGUCCCAGGUUGUAGCCCCCUACCAGACAUUGCUGAACCCCCUGUCCAAGCUAAACGUGUUGAACAACCUCCACUCCCACUUCCUGCUGGUGGAUGAUGGGACCGUGGGGAAGUAUGGAGCAGAGGUCGAACUACGCCGCCAGCUGGAAAAACACAUCAAACUGCAGAGGAUACACGCACGUAAGCGACACACACACACACACACACACACACACACACACACACACACACACACACACACACACACACACAAUAAAUACAUUGACCUGCAGAGGAUACUUUAGCAAUAAGGCAUGAGAAUCGUGGAUUAUCGUGAAUAACACACCAUUUUGGUCUGUUCUUACGCACAACGGGAAGCGGAGUGCCGGUAAACAAUACUUGAGUGUGUUAUUCAUGAUAAUCCACAGGUUGGAGUGUGUUAUUCAUGAUAAUCCACAGGUUUGAGUGCCUUAUUGCUUUUAUAAAACGAUUACUAACAUAUUUUUAAAAAAGAUUAACAACAUGUUUUCAUUUUAACAGUAAAUUCAUUUGAUUUCAUCCUUCCACCCAACAAUAUAGUCUGGUCAAACCCCAGUUGUGAGUUCUAUUUCUGAGGUUGCUUGCCAAAAGCACUGGUUGUUUGUUUUAUUGGCACAUUAGCUAGCCAAGCGGACUGGUCGCCAGUUCUAAUUGCUAAGGGUUACUAUGCCGGCUAGCUAUUUUUCCUUUGCUAGCUAAGCAACUAAAGCUAACACAAUCCCAUCAAGCAGCUGGAAUGACAGCAAACUAGCUCAAUUUCUGUUUUUCACCUUUGUUUAUUGCCAUUUCUUUGGAUAUUUCCAUAAUAAUAAUGCUGAUGCAUGAACAGGGCCCGCCCCGCCCAUUAGGCAGGAUUAGGUGGCUGACAACGGCGGCAUUUUCUGAGCUAAACGUAUCUCGCCCAAUGGCAUAUGGGCUAUUUAGGUGAGUGCUGAUGCCAACCCAUGAUAAGCAGUGCCCACUUUGGCAAAGCCAGGGGCGCAAAAUAUUUAUCUUGUCCAUGCCCAGCAUGCCUCUCCAGAGUGCUGUUGAAGAUCAGCAGCGCUGCGUUGCUUCACCAACACUCAAGUCACCUAUCAUAAAUAAUGUAGUCUAUAGGAGACUAGUAACCUAUGUGGUUUUUCUGUAGCCUACAGACUGGAGACCAUAUUUAUGACAAUGUUAUGAGACAGACACUUUUGGCACGUGUCUCCGACCACAUACCCCUAUUAAAUAAAAAUGCACUUCCAUAUCCUAAAACCAGGACAGGUCAAAAUAAAAUGGACAAUAUGGAAUUAAAUUAGGCUACUCCCGUCUGCUGCGGGAGUUUCACGCCGUGGGCUAAAUUGUCAUGAAUCAAUGAUUUCAAUUGUAGGCCUAUUUGUCAAUUUUUUACGAGCUGAUCAUAGCGAAGAAGAAAACACGUCUGCAUUUACCGCUGUGUAAACACAUUGAUUCUCACUGAAAAUAGGCUCAUAACCGCUGUGUAAACACAUUGAUUCUCACUGAAAAUAGGCUCAUAACCGCUGUGUAAACACAUUGAUUCUCACUGAAAAUAGGCUCAUAACCGCUGUGUAAACACAUUGAUUCUCACUGAAAAUAGGCUCAUAACCGCUGUGUAAACACAUUGAUUCUCACUGAAAAUAGGCUCAUAACCGCUGUGUAAACACAUUGAUUCUCACUGAAAAUAGGCUCAUAACCGCUGUGUAAACACAUUGAUUCUCACUGAAAAUAGGCUCAUAACCGCUGUGUAAACACAUUGAUUCUCACUGAAAAUAGGCUCAUAACCGCUGUGUAAACACAUUGAUUCUCACUGAAAAUAGGCUCAUAACCGCUGUGUAAACACAUUGAUUCUCACUGAAAAUAGGCUCAUAACCGCUGUGUAAACACAUUGAUUCUCACUGAAAAUAGGCUCAUAACUCCUGAUGAACUUGUGUAUCUCUCAUGCAGAUCUUAAAUAGACAAAAUGAUGAGUCUUAAGCCUUGGUCGGGAAUCAGGUCUAGGCUAAUAAAGCCAAUGCAAACGGUAGGACACGGAUGGGCAGUCAUAAAAUUGCAUUGCGGCCCGUCACUGUAGGCUACACUAUUCUAGUUUUUCUCGCCUAGGGUGGAAGAACGGCCAGGACUAGGCCUGCAUGAAUUCGCCUGGCUCAGAGAAGCUGUCUGUCUCGUCCGAACACGUUCAUUCUCAUUUUGCACGCUGAAGGUUGCAUUCCAACAUUGUUGCAGAGAUCGGAGAGGCAGACUGCAAGGUUUAGACAAACCCCCACUGUUACAAACCAAAUGCUAGGCUAGAAACAUGGGGGAAAUAAUGUCUAGAUGCUUUGUCCAGUAGAGAUAACGUUUUGGAAUUGCCUGGCUGGGCUGUGGGACAGUGAAUGCACGGUGAUAAUUCAAAUAGCACUGUUAACAGGCAUUACCCGUGGAUUAUUGUAAAUAACUAACGACUAUCAACCAAUUAGCAUCCAGGAUCUAAACGUAACGUUUUAUUAUUAUUAUUUUCGCCACAGGCAUCUUCUGUGGCUGUGUGUUGAGAGUACUUUGACACCUGAAGGCAAUGUCUAAGAAUUACGAUCCGGUCCAAAAUGAUUGGCACCCUUGAUAAAGAUGAGCAAAAAAUGUAUAUCAGUAAGUGUCUCCUACCGUAGUUGCUGUAUCUCCCCUGGCCUGUUCUGUCUCUGUGUGGUGGUUCUAAGUGCCAGUGUGUGACAGAAGUAGUUUACCAGAGACCGGCUAUUAUCACAGUAACCUUAGAUACCCUAUUAUUAUAAUAUCCUAGGCAGACACCCAUACAGUAUGUACACCCAGUGUAGAAAGCCUCUGUUAUUAUGGUGUGGCAGUCCGAUGACCUGCUGAAACACCCUCUUAUAAUGGUGGUUUAAGACCUGUGACAUGUCUCUCUCAAUUAACCAUUUACUGCUUUCCUGUUGUCAUCACAAACAGAGACCGAUAGAAUACAGGAUCUACAGUAGAUGAACAUACAAUGUUGAUAUUUGAGACGUUUCCAAUGUUCUUCUACAGCAUAUUUAGUGAUCUUCUGACUCUCUCUCUCUCUCUGUCUCUGUCUCUCUCUGUCUCGAUCUCUCUGUAUCUCUCUGUCUCUCUCAAUCUCUCCCUCCCUCCCUCCCAGGAAUUGGUCAGGGUGUUCCUGUGGUAGCGUUGAUAUUUGAAGGGGGUCCCAACGUAAUUCUGACGGUGUUGGAGUACCUUCAGGAGACUCCCCCUGUCCCUGUGGUGGUCUGUGAGGGGACUGGCCGCGCUGCUGACAUACUGGCCUACGUCCACAAACAGACUGAGGAAGGGGGGUGAGACACACACAUUCCUCCAACCCAUUGACCCACAUAUAAUGGGCUUCCACAAGGUUCUGUGCUAGGACCGUUACUUAGAGGAUGGAUGGUAACAUAACUUCCUUUAACCCUUCAGGGGUCUACCUGAUGGUGUGGAUACGGAAAUCAUCGCUACGAUCAAAAAGACGUUCAACUUCAGCCACAGCGAUGCGAUCCACCUCUUCCAGACCCUUGUGGAAUGUAUGAAGAGCAAAGAACUGGUAAACACACAGUUAACUCACAGUUAAUACAUGGAACUCUAUUCCACAUCAGGUAACUGAUGCAAGCAGUAGAAUCAGAUUAAAAAAACUAAUAAAAAUACACCUUAUGGAACAGCGGAGACUGUGAAGAGACACACGCACAGACACAUGAUAAGACCCACUCUACACACACGUACACAUGGAUGUUGUAUUGUAAAUAUGUGAUAGUGGAGUAGUGGCCUGAGGGAGCACACUAAAUGUAUUGGGUGAAGUGUUAUGAAAUGUAAUGUAAUAUUUCAAAUGGCAUAUAACUGUCUUAAUGUUGCUGGACCCCAGGAAGAGUAGCUGCUGCCUUGGCAACGGCUAAUGGGGAUCCUUAAUAAAUACAAAUACUUAAUUAAUUUUAAGAGAAUGCUGAAUCCUACAAUGCAUACUGUGUCCUCUGUUCAUAGUCUGAUCAUGAUCAAUAUAAAGAUACGGAUUAAAAGAAUAACGCUUAUCAUUUUUCCUAAAUACCAGAAUGUAAUGCAUUACUUACGAUGAAUGACUGCCUGUUUUCUCUCUCUUUCUGUCUUCCCUCUGAAUGACAGAUCACUGUGUUUCAUAUUGGCUCUGAGGACCACCAGGAUAUCGAUGUGGCCAUACUGAGGGCAUUACUGAAAGGUGUGUGUGCGAAGCGUGUGUGUGUUUGAAGCGUGUGUGUGAUGGGUAACUCCAUCGCAGUGUCCUGCUGUUUGACUGACAGAAGAUCUGUGCCCAUGACUCCUCUCUGACCUCUGACCUCCUAGAGAAAGGGAGAAGGCAAAUGAAAAGACCAUAAUAAUAACAAAAAGAGAAGGGCGAGACAGUGGGUUGUGUAGCAAAAGUUUUCAUUUGUAUGUUUUCAUUUUGAAACUGAUACUAUAGAGAUGUUUUGAGAAGUCAUCACUCUCUUCCCUCCCUGUCUAAAUCUCUCUCUCGUCAUGCUCUCUCUCUCUCUCUCUCUCUCGUCCUCUUUCUCGUCCUUCUCUCUCUCUCUCUCUGGUCCUGCGCUCUCUCUCGCUCUCUCUCUUGAUCUCUUUUGGGGUUUCCCUGUGGGUCUCGGAGGGGCUUAUUGCUAGGUACUCUGAGGCCCCAUUCUCACAACACAUAAAGCUUUCCUCUUCUCACUUUUCUCCGUUCUAUUCUAUCCAUUCUGGCUCUAAGACAGAGGGCAAGAGAGAGCUCUGAAAGGAUAGGUACUCACCUGUUUUGCUAAAACAUGAAUGAGUCUGUCCUGGUGUAGUCAGUAGUUGUGUGUGCAUGUUUGCCUAUCUGUUAGUGGUCUUCCAUCUAGAUAGAACUGCCAAAGGGGGUGGAGUUGCAAUCUACUGUAGAGAUAGCCUGCACAGCUCUAUCAUACUAUCCAGGUCUGUGUCCAAACAGUUUGAGCUUCUACUUCUAAAAAUCCACCUUUCCAGAAAUAAGUCUCUCACUGUUGCCGCUUGCUACAGACCCCCCUCAGCCCCCAGCUGUGCCCUGGACACCAUAUGUGAAUUGAUUGCCCCCCAUCUAUCCUCAGAGUUCGUAUUGCUUGGUGACCUAAACUGGGAUAUGCUUAACACCCCGGCCGUCCUACAAACUAAACUAGAUGCCCUCAAUCUCAUACAAAUGAUCAAGGAACCUACCAGGUACAAUCCUAAAUCCGUUAACAUGGGCACCCUCAUAGAUAUCAUCCUGACUAAUUUACCCUCUAAAACCAGGAUCUCAGCGAUCACUGCCUUAUUGCCUGCGUCCGUAACGGGUCCGCGGUCAAACGACCACCCCUCAUCACUGUCAAACGCUCCCUAAAACACUUAAACGAGCAGGCCUUUCUAAUUGACCUGGCCCGGGUAUCCUGGAUGGAUAUUGACCUCAUUCCGUCAGUAGAGGAUGCCUGGUUGUUCUUUCAAAGUGCUUUCCUCUCCAUCUUAAAUAAGCAUGCCCCAUUCAAAAAAUUCAGAACUAAGAACAGAUAUAGCCCCUGGUUCACCCCAGACUUGACUGCCCUUGACCAGCACAAAAACAUCCUGUGGUGUACUGCAUUAGCAUUGAACAGCCCCCGCGAUAUGCAACUUUUCAGGGAAGUCAGGAACCAAUAUACACAAUCAGUUAGGAAAGCAAAGGCUAGCUUUUUCAAACAGAAAUUUGCAUCCUGUAGCACUAACUCCAAAACGUUUUGGGACACUGUAAAGUCCAUGGAGAAUAAGAGCACCUCCUCCCAGCUGCCCACUGCACUGAGGCUAGGAAACACUGUCCUCUGUAGCUCGAUUGGUAGAGCAUGGCGCUUGUAAUGCCAGGGUAGUGGGUUCGAUCCCCGGGACCACCCAUACGUAAAAAUGUAUGCACACAUGACUGUAAGUCGCUUUGGAUAAAAGCGUCUGCUAAAUAGCAUAUUAUAUUAUACUACCAAUAAAUAUACGAUAAUCGAAAAUUUCAACAAGCAUUUUGCUACGGCUGGCUGCUUUCCACCUGGCUACUCCUACCCCGAUCACCAGCUCUGCACCCUCCACUGCAACUUGCCCAUGCCCCCCCUGCUUCUCCUUCACCCAAGUUAACAAACAGAUCACCGACCAUUUCGAAUCCCACCGUACCUUCUCCGCCAUGCAAUCUGGUUUCUGAGCUGGUCUUGGGUGCACCUCAGCCACGCUCAAGGUCCUAAACGAUAUUAUAACCGCGAUCGAUAAAAGACAGUACUGUGCAGCCCUCUUCAUUGACCUUGCCAAGGCUUUCGACUCCGUCAAUCACCGCAUUCUUAUUGGUAGACUAAAUAGCCUUGGUUUCUCAAAUGACUGCCUCACCUGGUUCACCAACUACUUCUCAGAUAGAGUUCAAUGUGUCAAAUCGGAGUGCCUGUUGUCUGGACCUCUGGCAGUCUCUAUGGGGGUGCCACAGGGUUCAAUUCUCGGGCCGACUCUAUUCUCUUUGUAUAUCAAUGAUGUCGCUCUUGCUGCUGGUGACUCUCAGAUCCACCUCUACGCACACGACACCAUUUUGUAUACAUCUGGCCCUUCAUUGGACACUGUGUUAACAAACCUCCAAACGAGCUUCAAUGCCAUACAGCACUCCUUCUGUAGCCUCCAACUUCUCUUAAAUGCUAGUAAAACUAAAUGCAUGCUCUUCAAUCGAACGCUGCUUGCACCCGCCCGCCCGACUAGAAUCACUACUCUCGGCGGGUCUGACUUAGAAUAUGUGGACAACUACAAAUACCUUGGUGUCUGGUUAGACCGUAAACUCUCCUUCCAGACUCACAUUGAGCAUCUCCAAUCCAAAGUUAAAUCUAGAAUCGGCAUCCUAUUUCGCAACAAAGCCUCCUUCACUAAUGCUGCCAAACAUGCCCUGAUUAUCCUACCGAUCCUUGACUUCGGCGAUGUCAUUUAAAAAAUACCCUCCAACACUCUACUCAGCAAAUUGGAUGUAGUCUAUCACAGUGCCAUCCGCUUUGUCACCAAAGCCCCAUAUACUACCCACCAUUGUGACCUGUACGCUCUCGUUGGCUGGCCCUCACUACAUAUUCGUCGCCAAACCCACUGGCUCCAGGUCAUCUAUAAAUCACUGCUAGGCAAAUCCCCGCCUUAUCUUAGCUCAUUGGUCACCAUAGCAACACCCACCUGUAGUCUGCGCACCAGCAGGUAUAUCUCACUGGUCAUCCCCAAAGCCAACACCUCCUUUGGCCGCCAUUCCUUCCAGUUCUCUGCUGCCAAUGACUGGAACUGCAAAAAUCUCUGAAGCUGGAGACUCUUAUCUCCCUCACUAACUUUAAGCAUCAGUUGUCAGAGCAGCUUACCGAUCACUGCACCUGUUCACAGCCCAUCUGUAAUUAGCCCACCCAACCACCUCAUCCCCAUAUUGUUAUUUAUUUUGCUCAUUUGGACCCCAGUAUCUCUAUUUGCACACCAUCUUCUGCACAUCUAUCAUUCCAGUGUUAAUACUAAAUUGUAAUUAUUUUGCACUAUAGCCUAUUUAUUGCCUUACCUCCAUAACUUGCUACAUUUGCACACACUGUAUAUAGACUUUCUAUUGUGUUAUUGACUGUACGUUGUGUUUACCCCAUAUGUAACUCUGUGGUGUUGUUUUUAUCGCACUGCUUUGCUUUAUCUUGGACAGGUCGCAGUUGUAAAUGAGAACUUGUUCUCAACUGGCUUACCUGGUUAAAUAAAGGUGAAAUAAAUAAAUAAAAAAUGAAAUAAGUAGAUCAGACAAAGGUAGGAAUGUGUUCCUGGUCCGCCCUGCCCAGCGUUUCUACCAGCUAUGUAGAUCGUCUUUGAUCCCGUAGUAUAGGUCCCCAGUAGCUCAGUUGGUAGAGCAUGGCGCUUGCAACGCCAGCGUUGUGGGUUCGUUUCCCACGUGGGGCCAGUAUGAAAAUGUAUGCACUAACUAACUGUAAGUCACUCUGGAUAAGAGCGUCUGCUAAAUGACUAAAAUGUAGAGGAACCAGUCCAGUCAGUCUAGAGUUCAGGACAUUCUGACUGAACAUAAUAGAUCCCUAGCCAGCAGGAAAAUACAAGCCUGUCAAACCAGUAUUAGUCCUGGUCAACCAGUAACACAUCCUCAAUAGGAGGCCUCCAAUAGCUCAUUAGACCCUAAAUGAUACAUACACAAGCAUAUAGAAAUACCUUUAAAAUAGCUGUCCAGUGUUUCCAGAUUUCUAUGAAAUAUGACCUAUAAUGAAUUACAACAUGAGUGAAAUAGUUUUACUUCCAAAAAUGGUAAUUAAGUAUGUAUGUUAAAAAGCAGCUUGUCUGUGUUUGAAUGGUGUGGGCUUACUGCAACAACAGAAUGGUGUGGGCUUACUGCAACAACAGAAUGGUGUGGGCUUACUGCAACAACAGAAUGGUGUGGGCUUACUGCAACAACAGAAUGGUGUGGGCUUACUGCAACAACAGAAUGGUGUGGGCUUACUGCAACAACAGAAUGGUGUGGGCUUACUGCAACAACAGAAUGGUGUGGGCUUACUGCAACAACAGAAUGGUGUGGGUGUAAAUGGCUGAUCAGCCAAUCAGCCACCUCGUGAUAAUGAGAAGUCUCCUCUAUGAGGAAAUAUGAGACGUCUCCUCUAUGAGGAAAUAUGAGACGUCUCCUCUGAGGAAAUGGCAAGCAUUUUUGAAACGGUCUGUUUGAGAUACAACUUUGAGGUGGGGUUUUUGAAGUGUUUUUUUCCUGUAAUUUAUGCUUUGGCCACAAAUAUGAGUAUAGGACAAGUCAACAACAUUGUUUGGGUUUGCGUUAACAGAUUAUGAGCCAUUAAAAGUGAGAUUUUCACUGGACAGUUACUUUAAGAUUUCCUCCAUAAACAUAUCAGAUGAACCGUAAGGUUACAGAGACAUGUUUGUAAAUAUGGAAAUGUACCUCCUCCCACAUCAGGACUUACAUCCUGAAAAUACAACUUGAACUUUAAAUCCUGUAGGAAAUUCUCUCUCCAUGGUAGUUGUAUUUGACUGUGUAUUAGUAUGCACUAUAUAUAUUUUUUUUAAUAAGGUACACUAAACAGGUACACAUAGACAGAGAAUCAAGUGACAAGGCCAAACAAGUUCCCUUCCCAUCCACAGGACUUCCCCAACCCAAAGUUAGAUUAGUGGUUCACAAUAGCAGUCUUUUUACAGAGUCAUACAUUUGAUGAAAGAGCAAAUAUGUUUAUUUUUCUCGCCCCAUGCAUGAGUCCUACAUAUAUUUCCAUGUUUUUAAUGUCCAUGAAUGAUAGCAGCCACUGCUGUCUGCUUAAAGAAUGAGGAGCCUGCCAACGUGAUACUAUCAUUCUUUGGUCUGCUGUCAAGCCAGCCAAAUAGGUCUAAAGUAGUGUCUUCAUUUAACAAUAAAAUAGAUGGGGAACAUGGUACAUUUCUACCCAUUAUGUCAGAAAGACAGGAUGAAACACAACUUGAGAAAUGUAAAGCGCCUGGGCACUCCCAAAUCAUAUAAUAGAAACUAUCAGGAGCCCACUGAGGGCACAGAGAGCAACUUGGGGAUUGUCUAGCUUUCAUGCAGUAGAAUCCUAACUUCAAAUUGGUGUGUAACUCUGACCUCAUGCAUGGAUUUAUAUGGACGAUUAGUGUUGGAUGUUAGGAUAUGGUCCUGUGUAAACCGGAGUGAUUAGUAUGGUAUUGAAUCUGUAUUAUUCUGUAUGGUUGUUUCUGUAGUCCGUCCUCCCCCUAGCCCUGUUAUCUUAAUCCUGCUGCUAAGUCAACAGGAAACACUGCAUUAAUGGUAAUGUUUGUGUUUUGCGUGUGUGUUGUUUGUAUGCUGUGCAUGUGUGUGUGCUUACGCUGCUGCUACUCUGUUUAUUAUAUAUCCUGAUUGCCUAGUCACUUUUACCCUUACCCACAUGUACAUACUGUAUUACAUCAAUUACCUCAACUACCUCGUACCCGGCACAGGUACUCCUUCUAUAUAGCCUAAUUAUUGUUUUUAUUGUGUUACUAUUUCCUUUUUUAUUUAGCAAAUAUUUGUCUUACUUUUUAACUUUGCAUUGUUGUGACCAAUAACAUUUGAUUCGUGUUCUACUCCUCCAGGCACCAAUGAGUCUGCGUUUGACCAGCUGGUUCUGACUCUGGCCUGGGACCGGGUGGACAUCGCCAAGAACCAUGUGUUCGUCUAUGGACAACAGCUACUGGUACGUCUGUCUGUGUGGCUGGCUGGCUGGCUCUCUCUGUCUGUGUGGCUGGCUAGCUGGCUGGCUGGCUGGCUGGCUGUCUCUCUCGUGUCUCUGUCUCUGGCUGGCUGGCUGGCUAGUUGUCUGUCUGUCAAGACUGCAUCUAUUAUGAAUGUGCUGUUCACCAGUAUCAGCCUAAAUGAAAACCUUUAAUUUAAACCCCAAAUAUCUCCUAAGCUAGCCACUCCAGAGUCAGUGGUCCUAUAUGACCCAAGGGACAGGCUACAGGAAGGCUGCCAGUAGACUGUUUAUUUUGACUAAUCUGAACUGGUCUGGUAUAUUUAUUCAGGAUAUAGAAACGUCCAGUCACUUGUUAGUGCAGUCAAUGUUGGAUCCUUGUUGAGGUGUGUGUGUGUGUGUGUGUGUGUGUGUGUGUGUGUGUGUGUGUGUGCGGGCGCAGGUGGGUUCGUUGGAGCAGGCCAUGCUGGAUGCCUUAGUGAUGGACCGUGUGGAGUUUGUAAAGCUCCUGAUUGAGAAUGGAGUCAGCAUGCACAGGUUCCUUACCAUCACACGACUGGAGGAGCUAUACAACACGGUAACACACAUACACACACACACACACAGCUCACCAAUUUCACACACAUACACAUAAUGAUGCUCCACAGGGCUCUAUGCUGGUACCAUUACUGUUCUCAUCACACGUGCAACCUCUCGAAUCUAACGUUUGAUUUGUAUUCUGUCAAAAUCAUUUCUAAAUGGUCUGUUUGUCCAUGGUCCUGCUGGGCAUCGUGUUUUUAUCUGUGUCUUUUCUGUUCCAGAAACAGUCCCCUACCAAUCCAACGCUCUUCAACCUUGUAAGGGAUGUCAAACAGGUACACCUUUGACUUCCUGUCAACCAUUGAUUGUCAAUAAAGUUUUUAUUAAAUUGAACAAUAGUAAUUGAUGAUGAUGGUGUUGUUGAUUAGAUUAGUAUGGCUCACUAUGACUCUUAUUAUGAUUCUUUCCAGGGUAAUCUCCCCCCUAACUACAAGAUGACGUUAAUUGACAUUGGCCUGGUGAUAGAGUUCCUGAUGGGCGGGACUUACAGGUGCAACUACACCAGGAAACGCUUCAGGAUCAUCUACAACAAUCUCCACGGCAACAGCAGGGUAAGGGUUAACGGUUAGUGUUAAGGGUUGAAGAUUACAGGUUAAAAGGUGAGGUCGCUUCAGGGUCAAGGGAUAAACUAAUUUUGAUUUUGAUCUUCCGGUUUCACUGAUUGAUUCACUUAGAGUAAUGGUGAAGGUAAACUUUUCUCUAUCUCUUUCUCUCGGUCUCGCUCCCUCCCUCACUCCCUCCUCUCUCUCCAGAGGUCAGGUCGCCACUCUGCGGGGCCUGGGUCCCACCUGAGGAAGAGCCAAGAGUCGUUCAGUAUCCAGGCCGACAAGAAGGAAAAGACCAGGCACAACCACUUCAUCAAGACUGCACAGCCAUACAAACCCAAGGUACACACACACACACAACACGGAGAGUCGUUUGAGAACACACUGGCUACGCCGAUGACUGAGCUGUACCGUGCUAUAAGGCUAGCAAGCAUUAAAAAUUACACCUCAAUGGAAGAGAAGGUGAAGUAACUGAAGGAAUGGGUGGCAGGUAUCAACAUGCUUCUUAAUGUAAAAAAAAUAGUAUUUUUAACUAAGAAUUUGCUAUUCCAAAAAUCCUCCCCAACCAGCUCCACUAAUCCUGGGUUGACAGGCUGUUCCAGUUGUAACAAGCACAAAAUACCAUGGCUUCCACUUGGACAACUAACUCAGUGGGGAGUAGGGACCAACACAUUGACCAGGCAGUGAAAAACGCUUCAAAGCGUCUCUAUUUCAUGACUGUGACUUGUGUGAUGGCAAGGAACGGCCUGUCCACUGAUGACCUUGUGGAGAUCUACACCACUGUAAUCCGACCAUGCCUGGAGUAUGCCAGUGUGUUGCUGGUGGGCUGCACAAAGAAGCAGCAAGAUGCACUGGACAGGUUAGAGAAAAGGGCAAGCAAGAUAAUAACAAAAAAACCGAGACAUCCCACUGACCCUUCCACCACUACAGUCAUGGAGAGAGCAAGCAGCAGUAAGAUUGGUCGUUGACAUGCACCAACCUGACCACCGUCUACAGGAUCUCCUACCACAGAGAAUGGGAGAUUACUGGCAGAGUACUCCGCAACCAGAACCAACUGUCCAGCAUCAACGCAAGGACAAAUAGGCUGAACAUUUCUAAUCAGACUUUUUAAUAACAAAAUGUGACUUUUUAAACUGUAAUUUCUUGUAAGAUAGGACCUUUUUAAUUUAAUGUAGUAUUUUGUGUUUUUGAAGUAUUGUCUAAAUGUAACUGUGCAUUCUGCAUUACUCUUGUUGACUGCGAGCAUGAAUUAAAUCAAUCAAUCAAAUCAAUACAAAUCCAAGGUACACACAUACACACGAUCAGUCAUACAAACCCACGCCACAGAACUGAGCCAUCAGAUUACAUUAAACUCCCCCUCUCGACACCCACCCCUCUCCCUCUUAGUUGGAGUCGGCGACAGACCAGUCCAAGAAAAAAGCCAAGGAGGAGAUAGUUGACAUCGACGACCCGGAGACGCGCAGGUUCCCGUACCCGUUCAACGAACUGCUGAUGUGGGCCGUCCUGAUGAAUAGGCAGAAGAUGUCUCUGUUCUUCUGGAAGCAUGGGGAGGAAAGCAUGGCCAAGGCCCUGGUGGCCUGUAAACUCUGUCGCUCCAUGGGCUAUGAGGCCAAGAAGAGUGACGUGGUCGACGACACCUCUGAGGAACUCAAGGACUACUCAAAGUAUGUAUGACACAUUACACACCAAAUAACUAUGACACUUCAAUCCUCACUAAUUCUCAGAGUAUAAUAUGUGACAGAUGACAUACUAAUACUUUGAGUACUCCAAGUAUGACGCAUUACUACUAGUAGUCACUAAAACGUAGUCACUAAUACUCAAGGCUACUUGAAGUAUGAGUAUUACUGAGUAUUAGUAUGUAAUGUGUCAGACUAUUAUUGUGAGUGAGGUGCUGACAAUGAGGUGCUGUGUUGCAGUGACUGAUGAUGAUGUUUAUGAUGGUGUUUUUAAUGAGUUUGAUACCCUGUUAUGCGUGUCAUGUUUGCAGUGAUGAUGAUGAUGAUGUCUGGAGUAAUGUAGAUAUUAUUAUUUUAUAGUGAAUUUGGCACUCUAGCAGUGGACCUCCUGGAACAGUCGUUCAGACAGGAUGAAACCAUGGCGAUGAAGCUGCUGACCUACGAACUGAAGAACUGGAGUAACAGCACCUGUCUGAAGCUGGCAGUGUCGUCACGGUUACGACCCUUCGUGGCUCACACCUGUACCCAGCUGCUGCUGUCAGACAUGUGGAUGGGACAACUCAACAUGAGGAAGAACUCCUGGUACAAGGUGACACUGCCCAGCAAUGCAGUGUAUACACACACACACACACACACACACAUAAUGGUGUUCUACAGGGCUCUGUGCUUAGACGGUUAUUAUAGAUGUAUUAUGUUUUUUUCUCAUUUUUUUCUCAUUCUCAUUUUCCUGGUCCCUCCUGAGUAAACAUAAAUAAAAAUAUAUAAUAAAUACAUAUAAAAACGAAAUAUAAUCUGAAUAUAAUAAUCUAUAUAUUUCUAGGUGAUCCUCAGUAUCCUGGUGCCUCCUGCCAUCCUCCUGUUGGAGUUCAAGACAAAGGCAGAGAUGUCCCACAUCCCUCAGAGUCAGGACGCCCAUCAAAUGACCAUGGAGGAUAGCGAACACAACUUCCAUAACACCACCGACAACAUACAGAUGGUCAGAAUCAAUAUGACAGAGUUCAUCACAUCUGUUAUCUUAGUUUAUGUUGUAUUUUCUUAUCUUACUGUGUCUGUUCUGGCAUGUACACUGGUGCUACUGGUAUUCUGAUGGUCCUGGUAUUUAACUAUGAGGGGUAGCUAUGAUGGUCCUGGGGCUUAGCUAUGAGGGGUAGCUAUGAUGGUCCUGGGGAUUUAGCUGUGAGGGGUAACUAUGAUGGUCCUGGGGAUUUAGCUGUGAGGGGUAGCUAUGAUGGUCCUGGGGAUUUAGCUCUGAGGGGUAGCUAUGAUGGUCCUGGGGAUUUAGCUGUGAGGGGUAGCUAUGAUGGUCCUGGGGAUUUAGCUGUGAGGGGUAGCUAUGAUGGUCCUGGGGUUUAGCUAUGAGGGGUAGCUAUGAUGGUCCUGGGGAUUUAGCUGUGAGGGGUAGCUAUGAUGGUCCUGGGGAUUUAGCUCGGAGGGGUAGCUAUGAUGGUCCUGGGGAUUUAGCUGUGAGGGGUAGCUAUGAUGGUCCUGGAAUUUAGCUAUGAGGGGUAGUUAUAUGAGAGAGAGGGUUGGACUGCAGUUCUCGCUUAAUUGAUGGUUUCUUAAUUUCUGGUGCUGUAGUCUUUUCAGUCUACAUGUAUAUACAUGGACAUAUACACAUACAUAUACAUAUGCGUACAUGUCUAUACAGUCUAUUAAACAUGCGUUAUUAAACAUGAUUCUUCUCCAGGACGUGUUCAAGGAGGCGAAGGCGGAUGACAACGUGGAGGUGAAGGAUGAGGCGGAGACACAGGUCCGCUCCCGAAGACUUCCUCUAACCAGGAAGUUCUACGCCUUCUACCACGCCCCCAUCGUCAAGUUCUGGUUCAACACGGUAUGAAACCCUAGCCGCUAGACCAGGGUUCUUCAAUUCCGGUCCUGGAGGGCCGAAACACUUCUGUUUUUCAUUUCUACCUGGUAGUUAAUUGCACUCACCUGGUGUCCCAGGUCUGAAUUAGCCCCUGAUUAGAAGGAGAGGAUGAAAAACAGAGGUGUUUCGGCCCUCCAGGACCGGAAUUGAAGAACCCUGCGCUAGACCCUACUUCUACCCCCUCCAUGUGAACUGACCAGCAGAAACUCUGGGCCCUACUAUGUUUAAUGGUACAGCAGAGUUCUGACCAUCAUGGUUCUCCCUGUGGAGCAGCUAAACAGCUUGAAUGGAAGGGAUGUUUCCUUUCUCCUCAUGGGAUAUUUCCUGUAUCCUGUCCUGUGUGUGUGUGUGUGGAUGAGUUCGUUUUGCAUCGCUCGGUGUCCCGGGUGGGUGGAGAUUUCCCUUUAGAACCAAUGUAAUGUAAUGGUCUGAAAAUAAGCUAAACUCGUCCAGUGUGUGUACUCUGAGACCAGAGAGGGCUGACAUGAAACGUGUUCGUGUUGAGAGGACAGAGGGAGGCUGGGGCGUGUGUGUACUUUUCCAGAGCUCUACCUCCCACCCCCUGCAUACUUCUCACACACACACACACACACGUACCCUCAGGUGGUUUUCCAGAUGCCCUGGCCUCAUUUACAUGUCCUGAUAGCAUCAGUAGAACAGGCCUUAACAUAACUAUUGCUGCUGUACCCAGAUCAAUGCGCUUAUCUACCCCACAAUCAACAUCAACAUAAUGAUGCUGCCUGCCACACAAUGAUCCUGCUCUGACUGCAUAUCUGUCACAUCAUGAUUUCUGCUUCCACAUAAUCACCCCUGCCUGCCUCAGUCAGCACUGAUCCCAACACUGAUCAGUCUCAGUUUAGUCAUGGCCCGCCAACUGCCCCACACACCCUACCUAACCCCCGGGGCCAUAGUUAGAAUGACUGAUGUCUAGGGGGGUGGGGGGGUUCUGUAUAAUGGCUGAGAGGUGUUGUUGAAUGCUGUAGUUUCCUUCACUUCAAGCUUCACUAGUCAGGCUCACAGUGUUCACCUCUAAAAAGACCUGGGGGUAUGUCACAAACCAGGAACAAAGUAGGACUGCUGAUAUAAUGACUCAUACAGAUCAGCCUUUUUAAACCCCUCCUCUGGUAGCCCUAAACUAGCACACCUGUUUUACCUCGGCGAGGGCUUGAUGAUUAGUUGACAAGUUGAUUCAGGUGUGCUAAUUCUGGAAUAUCUGGGGAAAGGUUUGAAAAGGGCUAAUAUAGAUUAUGAAUUAAAUAAGAAUAUAUGGACGGGGGGGACCUGAUCCUAGAUCAGCACUUUUAAUGUUAAUAUGGGCCCUGGGCGUUGUCUUGGACAAAGGUUUAGUAACCACAUAGCAGCUUUACUCUAUGUGGGUCAUUCUGUAUUAGAGCCUUGGUGUACAGGGGUGUGUGUGUUAAGGUGAGUGUUGUCACGAUACCAGUAUCACAAUACUACAAUACCAGAUUUUCAUUGACAAAAAAACAAAACACAAAGCAGACUUCUGUGGCGCUGUUGUAAAACAGUGUGCUAUAGCUUGCAAAAUAAACAAAUGUGACUGUGACAACAUAAGGCAGUUUUUCUCCAACAUGAGGACGGUUUUCCUCAAGAGAUGAAGUCAGCUUGUUUCCUUUCCUUCCUUCCUUACUGGUUUCACAGUACUGGUAUCGUGAUAACACUAAUUAAGGUGUAUGUGUGUUGUGUGUCUUCUGGCUAGCUGGCGUACAUUUGUGGAUCUGUAUAAUAACCUGUGUUAGGUAUGUAAAGGUGUGUGUCGAGGGUCUGUAUCAUAGCCUGUGUUAGGUAUGUAAAGGUGUGGGUCUGUAUAAUAGCCUGUAUUAGGUAUGUAAAGGUGUGUGGGUCUGUAUCAUAGCCUGUGUUAGGUAUGUAAAGGUGGUCUGAUAUAAGCCUGUUUAGUAUGUAAAGGGUGGGCUGUCUAAAAGUGUUGGGUAGAAAGUGUGGUCUGUAUAUAGCCUUGUUAGUAAAGUGUGUGUGGUCGUUAGGUGUUAGUUGUAAACGUGUGUGGGGUCUAUAAUAGCCUGUUAGGUAUUAAAGCUUGAGGUCGUAAAUAGCCUGUUAGGAUGCUGUUGGUAUAAAGCCUGUGUGGGUAGUAAGCUUGUGUCAAAUACUGUGUCAGGUAUGACAACUGUGUCGUUUUUUAAACGUGUAGGUAAAGGUGUGUCCGUAAUAGCAUGAGUAUGUAGUGUGUUUCCGUGUCCUGUAUAAUAGCCUGUUUAGGUAUGUAAAGCUGGUGUCGUGUAAACUAAGUAUUAAGGUGUAUGUGUUGUUAAUAGCUGUGUUAGUAUGUAAGUGGUAAUGUGGGCCUGUAUAAUACCUGUGUUAGGUAUGUAAAGGUGUGUGUCGUGGGUCUGUAUAAUAGCCUGUGUUAGGUAUGUAAAGGUGUGGGUCUGUAUAAUAGCCUGUGUUAGGUAUGUAAAGCUGUGUGUCGUGGGUCUGUAUAAUAGCCUGUGUUAGGUAUGUAAAGCUGUGUGUCGUGGGUCUGUAUAAUAGCCUGUGUUGUAUGUAGUGUGUGUCGUGGGCUGUAUAAUAGCCUGUGUUAGGUAUGUAAAGGUGUGGGUCUGUAUAAUAGCCUGUGUUAGGUAUGUAAAGGUGUGUUCGUGGUCUGUAUAUAGCCUGUGUUAGGUAUGUAAAGCUGUGUGUCGUGGGUCUGUAUAAUAGCCUGUGUUAGGUAUGUAAAGGUGUGUCGUGGGUCUGUAUAAUAGCCUGUGUUAGGUAUGUAAAGCUGUGUGUCGUGGGUCUGUAUAAUAGCCUGUGUUAGGUAUGUAAAGGUGUGUAUCGUGGGCCUGUAUAAUAGCCUGUGUUAGGUAUGUAAAGCUGUGUGUAUCGUGGGUCUGUAUAAUAGCCUGUGUUAGGUAUGUAAAGGGGGUUAUCGUGGGUCCUGUAUAAUAGCCUGUGUUAGGUAUGUAAAGGUGUGUAUCGUGGUCUGUAUAAUAGCCUGUGUUAGGUAUGUAAAGGUGUGUAUCGUGGGCUGUAUAAUAGCCUGUGUUAGUAUGUAAAGUGUGUAUCGUGGGCUGUAUAAUAGCCUGUGUUAGGUAUGUAAAGCUGUGUGUCGUGGGUCUGUAUAAUAGCCUGUGUUAGGUAUGUAAAGGUGUGUGUCGUGGGUCUGUAUAAUAGCCUGUGUUAGGUAUGUAAAGGUGUGUGUCUGGCUGUAUAAUAGCCUGUGUUAGGUAUGUAAGGUGUGUAUCGUGGGUCUGUAUAAUAGCCUGUGUUAGGUAUGUAAAGCUGUGUGUCGUGGGCUGUAUAAUAGCCUGUGUUAGGUAUGUAAAGGUGUGUGUCGUGGGUCUGUAUAAUAGCCUGUGUUAGGUAUGUAAAGGUGUGUAUCGUGGGCCUGUAUAAUAGCCUGUGUUAGGUAUGUAAAGCUGUGUAUCGUGGGUCUGUAUAAUAGCCUGUGUUAGGUAUGUAAAGGUGUGUAUCGUGGGCCUGUAUAAUAGCCUGUGUUAGGUAUGUAAAGGUGUGUGUCGUGGGUCUGUAUAAUAGCCUGUGUUAGGUAUGUAAAGGUGUGUAUCGUGGGCCUGUAUAAUAGCCUGUGUUAGGUAUGUAAAGGUGUGUAUCGUGGUCUGUAUAAUAGCCUGUGUUAGGUAUGUAAAGGUGUGUAUCGUGGGUCUGUAUAAUAGCCUGUGUUAGGUAUGUAAAGGUGUGUAUCGUGGGUCUGUAUAAUAGCCUGUGUUAGGUAUGUAAAGGUGUGUAUCGUGGGCCUGUAUAAUAGCCUGUGUUAGGUAUGUAAAGGUGUGUAUCGUGGGCCUGUAUAAUAGCCUGUGUUAGGUAUGUAAAGGUGUGUAUCGUGGGUCUGUAUAAUAGCCUGUGUUAGGUAUGUAAAGGUGUGUAUCGUGGGCCUGUAUAAUAGCCUGUGUUAGGUAUGUAAAGGUGUGUAUCGUGGGUCUGUAUAAUAGCCUGUGUUAGGUAUGUAAAGGUGUGUAUCGUGGGCCUGUAUAAUAGCCUGUGUAAAGGUAAGUGUUGUCUCCUGGCUAGCUGGCGUACCUGGGCUUUCUGAUGCUGUACUCGUUUGUGGUUCUGGUCCGGAUGCCCGAGUUUCCGUCUCCUCAAGAGUGGGUGGUCAUCCUCUACAUAUUCACCUCCGCCAUCGAGAAGAUACGAGAGGUACGCUAAUGCUGCUCCCUACUCUCUAGGUCAAUAUGGUUAUGUUCCAAUUGGCACCGUAUUUACUAUAUAGUGCACUGCUUUUGACAGUGCACUCUGUAGGGAAUGUUCCCUUCAUUAGUAUGAGAAGGACAAGACACUUACCCAGCUAUCUUUGGCUCUCAGAGGAUUCAAUACAAUUUAGUAUAGUUCAGUUUGCUUUAAAAAAGGUCCUUAUUCCUUAUUCUUCUAGUCGACAGCUUAAACAGAGAAGUACUGAGCCCCCAUUCACGUUGGUAGAAUAUCUAUCUCAAUUUCUAUCACUAUUUGUUUACAUUUUUUCUGUCUGCAUGUUAUUGUUGAUUUGAUUUGAGCUCUCAGUUUACGAGAUGCACUCAUCUCCUAUUUCUGUGUCCUGUUUUCUGUUCUGUUUCUUUCUUUGUAGAUGUUUAUGUCUGAAGCUGGGAAGAUUAGCCAGAAGGUUAAAGUCUGGUUCAGUGACUAUUUUAACCUCUCAGACUUCCUGGCUAUUGUCACCUUCUUUGUGGGCUUUGGAUUGAGGAUAGGAGGAGAGGAUGUGCUUGUCCCGGGCCGGACUGUGUAUUGCUUGAAUAUCAUCUUCUGGUACGUGAGACUCCUAGAUAUUCUGGCAGUCAACCAGCAAGCAGGACCGUAUGUGAUGAUGAUCGGUAAAAUGGUGAGUAUUCAUUUUUUUCGAAUGCUUUACUAAUCCAAAUUAAUUUUUCAACUGUGUAAUAUACAUUUCAAUGUAUAUCUCCCGAGUGGCGCAGUGGUCUAAGGCACUGCAUCGCAGUGCUAGCUGUGCCACUAGAGAUCCUGGUUCGAAUCCAGGCUCUGUCGUAGCCGGCUGCGACCUGGAGACCCAUGGGGCGGCACACAAUUGGCCCAGCGUCGUCCAGGGUAGGGGAGGGAAUGGCCGGCAGGGAUGUAGCUCAGUUGGUAGAGCAUGGCGUUUGUGUAUGAAAAAAUUAAAUAAAAAAAUUAAUAAUAAUGUUUGUACUCACUAACUGUAAGUCGCUCUGGAUAAGAGCGUCUGCUAAAUGACUAAAAUAUAAAUAUCUAAAUGUUUUAUAUAUCAGUGAUAAUGUAUAUCAACAUAUUUUAUAUAGUGAUGAUAAUGUCAAUAUCUAUUACAAUUGAGUUGUCAAUUCAAUUGUCUAUUACAAUUACAUUAUAUUAAAUAUAGAGCUGACAUUGUACAGGUAACUGCCAAAAUAAAGGAAACACCAACAUAUAGAGACAUUGAACACUAGUCACUUUAACAAUGUUUACAUACUGUUUUACCCACUUUUAGAGCCCUGCACAGGCAUGAAUUUUAAGUCCAAGCUCUACCCAUGCUCGUGACGUUCAGGCCUUACCCUACCCAGGCCCGAUUGCUUCUGCCAAAUUAAGAGCCGGCCCUGCCCGAAACCAGAAAUAACUUCCUCUGUUAGUAAAUCCCUUAGCUGCUCCUCUCUGUCUGUCACUCGCUCCCUGCGCGAAGCUUGCUCUGUGCAUGUACACUGCGAGUAGCCAUAGCAACGGCUCCACUUGGGCUGCUCUGCUCAAUGAAGAGACAUAAGAGAGCAUUCUCUAAACUCUGACAAAACUCAAGGAACAUUAUUAUUUUCUCUGAAAUAAUCUCUCCUGUCGUAUAUAUUUGACGAGGUUGAAGCACUUCUGACACCAUGGUAUGAUCUUAGUCAGAUAUGACUGUACUGCGCAGUAGAACACGCGCAAAUGGCUCCGCUUCCAAAUGUUAGUGAUCAAUUUAGUGAUACCUGAGCCCUGCCCGUAGUUAUUGAUGAAGAAACAGGCCCCACCUGGCCCUAAUGUUGGGGCCCGUCGGGGUCAAGUAGCAGAGCUCUACCCAAUUUAAAUGUAAAUACUGUAUUCUAGUCAUGGUUAAUCCUAUAUACAGUAACUACUGCUGUACACAUCUUUUCUAUUCAUAUACUGUCCAUACACACUGAAAAAUAGCGCAAAGAAACUAAGGGAACAAUGUGUGUCUGUAAAAGGCUCUACACAGUCUACGCAACGGAUCCGCAACCAAUCCGACGGAGGUUUGUUUGCUUAGACUGUGAAAUCACUGUGGAGUGCCCUUAAGAACAAGGUGAGAGGAGGGUAGCCUUUGACCAACUUAUUUAGGUAAUGUAUGAAGGUAGAUUGGAUGGUUUUCACUCAAUAGCACAUCUCUAGGGUUCCAUGCUGGUUUGGUUUGAAAGAGGAUAAUGAUUGCAGGUGGGGGUAUUUAAAGGGGUAGCCCUGGCUCUUUCAUGUGGACAUGAUCUGGUUGAUUACAUUGAAUGAGGUGUGUGGGGACCAACAGGUGGCAGGCUCCGCUCCAGGGUAGGAGGGAAGUGGGAGGAGUUUUAUACGCACACUAUUUAAUAUAAUAUAAUAUAAUAUAAUAUGCCAUUUAGCAGACGCUUUUAUCCAAAGCGACUUACAGUCAUGCGUGCAUACAUUUUAUAUUCCGGACUCUGAUAUUGCUCCUUCUGAUAUUUCUUAAUUUCUUGUUUUUUAAAAAAAAGUUUUCGGAUUAUGUAUGUAUUGUUAUUGUAUUGCUAGAUUUUACUGCCCUGUUGGAGCUAGAAUGGUGUUUUGUUGAUGGUGGUGGAAAAUGUUGUCUCAGGCACCGCUCCAGAAUCUCCCAUUAGUGUUCAAUUGGGUUGAGAUCUGGUGACUGACACACACACACACACACUUUAAACUCCUUAUACUCUUUUCAGACCCCUCUUUCAAAGUCAAGAAAGAUAUCUUCUAGCCAUGGUAGCCAAAAGAAUGGCAACUGGGCAUUUUUAUUUGUAUGUUAAUUGCUUAAUUAACUCAGGAACCACACCUGCUUUCAAUAUACUUUGUAUCCCACAUUUACGCAAGUGUUUCCUUUAAUUUGGCAGUUACCUCUAUAUAUCAACAUGUUUUGCAUAGUGGCAAUAAUGUCUACUAUCAACAACAUGUUUUGAUAGACUAGCACCAGUUCUUUUCAUUCUGAGUCUGGAAAUUCUCUCAGUAUUUUCUGGGAACUUGGACGUUUAUAGACCUGGUUAACUGCAUGUACAUGCCCUUAAUAUAGUGGUGGUAAUGUAUCUAUUCAUACAGAUGGCCAGCAUGUUUUAUGUUGUUGUGAUAAUGUAUAGGAUAAUGUGUAUAUUCCUCUAGGUGGCGCUGGUGUUGUUGCGUUAUGGCAUGAAAGCCAUCCUGUAAUAAUGUGUGUAUAUAUUAGGAUAAUGAUAAUGUAUAGGAUAAUGAUCGUGUGUGUGUGUGUAUAUAUAUAUAUAUAUAUUCCUCUAGGUGGCCAAUAUGUUUUAUAUUGUGGUGAUCAUGGCGGUGGUGUUGUUGAGUUAUGGUGUGCCCCGAAAAGCCAUCCUGUACCCAAAUGAGGAGCCCAGUUGGACGCUGCUCAAAGACGUGGUCUUCCAGCCAUACUGGAUGAUGUACGGGGAAGUGUAUGCAUAUGAAAUCGACGGUAAGGAAGACGAGCCUAGUAUAAACGACUACGAUGGUAAGAGAGUUUUCUUAAGGAUUCUCACCACGGCAUGAGAAGCUGAUUAGCACUGGAAAUCAAUCAAAAACCCAUGUUUGGUCUAAUCAACGCCUCGCACCACACAGUCACCUCACACAGUCGCUGUGUUACAAAAUCUAUUUAGAGUAUAGAUUGAGAUGCUAGUCCCUUGGUUGGAGAGGCAUACGUUUCACUAUGCCUAUCCAGUUCUUUCAUAAGUAAUCAAGUCCCUAGGAGGUAGGGGCUAGGAGUUGAUUGUGGACACAGCCAGUUGGCCCCUGUUAGGGGAGGUAUAGCCAGCAAUUGUAGGGAACAACAGCUAUUAACCAAUCAGGGCUUUAGUUUAGGUUAUUGUACACAUGUGUCCAGAUUUCUCUCGAGGCAUGUCAAAUGUCAGUGAUUUGCUUAAAGUACAGGCUCAGUGCUUCAAAAUGGUGUAUCGUACACUGUAGUUGGAGGAAACAUGGGAGUCAGCAUGGCAUUGUCCUCCAGAAAGUAGUCUCUCUACUUAAACCCAGCUAAAUUCAGGGCAGCAAUGUUUUUGAGAGCUGUAGCAACACUUUUGCAGUUGUCCAUAGCUUUAUCUUUCCAAAAAUCUGUGGUAAAGAUGAUCUAUAUACUUACCAGAGAAGAGCCCAUUCGGUUAUAGACAGAAGCCUGUGACAUGACAGACCAAUCAGGAAUCGUAUCUCAGCAUACCCAACCACUCUAAAAUCUCAGCCAGUUAUGACUAGCCAGGAAGGAUCCUGUCUUUCUCCCUGUAUCAGUGCUUUCUCCUUGGCUAAACUAGGCACAUUUGAGAUUUUUAUUCAUAUUUACGAAUCCCAUACAAGUUUGUAAUUAAGGCACAUAAAAGUUCACAUGUUCAAGAAGGCAUUUCUGCAAAAAAACGUGUUUUGAAACGGCCCUACUGUGAAGUAGGAACCAGUGUCAAAUGCCUCAGAUCCUGUAACAUUUAGUAAACAUUGUUGAACACAUGGGGGUAAAUCCUUACUUCCAGUUAAGGCGACUUUUCACUUAGUCUCCUAUUGACAUAACUGCGUGACUAAGUGACAUUUUAGAUUUGUUGCAUAGAGCACAUGUGAGAUAGUGUAUUAUGAUAUUGAGUAGUGAUAUUUACAGAAGAUACAUUCUGUAAUAUAUAAUAAUCGCAGCUACCUGUCUCGCUCAUCAGACUCAGGGAGCUCCACCCCAGUUGUGUGGGAGAUACAGCGGCUGUGGGAAGAGACUACCUGUUGAUAUACAGAGCAUAAUGAAUACAGUAGCAGUAGAUACGGUGCAGUAGUAUGAAAUGUUAUUCCACUAUUUAGAUGGUAGUCGCUGGUUUUACUGACCCAAAUUAUGUUUACUCCUAGACAAAAAAAUAUAUAAUUUCUGUAGAGACAUAAAAAAAAAAGUAGAAAGCUUAAUCUGGCUGUGCAAAACCAGUCCAUGGAGCUUAGAGCUGUAGUUUGUGUGUGUGUGAGAAUGAUCUACACUUGUCACUGUGUGUUUGGGAUGUGUGUGAAUGUAAGUGCGUGUGUUUUUUGUGUUUUGAUGUGUGAAGCACCGCGUGUGUGUGUCUGACCCAGUCCCCUCUCUCCACAGUGUGUGCCAAUAAUAGUGAACCGAAUGUGAAAAACCUGUGCUCAGCUUCAGUGUGGAUCACUCCGUUCCUACAAGCAGUCUACCUCUUUGUCCAAUACAUACUGAUAGUUAACCUUCUCAUCGCCUUCUUCAAGUAAGACUACACACACACACACACACACACACACACACCGGUGUUCUGUAGAGCACUCUGCUGUGACCAAUACUAUUCUCAUUAUUAUUCAUUAAUAACAUUAUUAUUAUCAUGUUUUUCCCCGAUUUCUACAUCACUGUGUAUAUCCAUUUUGCAAUCUCUCUCUCUUCUCCUCAGUAAUGUGUACCUCCAAGUGAUGUCAAUCAGUAAUCUGGUAUGGAAGUAUCAGAGGUAUCAUUUCGUCAUGGCCUACCAUGAGAAGCCAGUCCUCCCUCCUCCCCUCAUCCUCCUCUCUCACCUAGUCUCUUUCUUCUCCUGCAUCUGUCACAAGAGGAAGAAGGACAGUCACUCUUACGGACCAAGUACGGGAACUACCCAUUUAUCUCUCUAAAAUGCAGAUAUGACAGAACCACUUGGUGAUCUGCUCCUGUAAGUCGCUCUGGAUAAGAGCGUCUGCUAAAUGACUAAAAUGUAAAUGUAAAAAAAUGUGAUCAGCUAGAACAAGAGAGGACCUAGUACCGAGCUCUGGGGGACACCAGUAGUCUAUGAACAGACUAUAAAACGUAUAUAGGUGUCCCAGGGCUCUCUAGUUUAUCAGCAAAAAGAUAUGCAGCUACAAUAAGUUAUUUGAAAAUGUUUACCAGAAGUUACAUUGAGAUCUGUAAAAUGCCUUGUUGAAACUAAACUCUUCAUCCUCUCCCUUUUUCCCCCUCUUUCCUUCCUUCCCUACCUCCUCCCUCCAGAGUUGUUUCUAACGGAGGAGGAUCAGAAGAAGCUCCAUGACUUUGAGGAGCAGUGUGUGGAGACGUACUUCCAUGAGAAAAACGACCAGUUCCACUCAGGGAGCGAAGAGCGCAUCCGCCUCACCUCUGACAGGUAACUGUUACCAUAGUUACCGCUCACCACAGUUGUUAUUUUACUCUUACAUUGACAGUAACAGUCAUAGUGUCUAUAUAACAUAAGAGGAUUAGGAGGUUAAUUGAAUAGUGAAUGUUGAACUCUAUGGCAACAUAUCAACAAAGUUCAAUAUUCAAUAGAUCUAGAUUUUUUCCCCCUUUAUCUCCUCAGGGUUGAGACGAUGUGUAUCCAGCUGAAGGAGGUCGGAAAUAGAGUGAACUUCAUCAAGCGUUCCCUCCACACGCUGGACUCCCAGAUCGGCCACCUCCAGGACCUGUCAGCUCUGACAGUGGACACCCUGAAGACCCUGACCGCCCAGAGGGCCUCUGAGGCCAGCAAGGUCCACAACCAGAUCACCAGGGAGCUCAGUCUGUCCAAGAACUUUGCCCCCAGCCUGGCCCCCACCCCCCAGGACCCUAACCCCCAAUCCAAGGGGGUCAAACGCAGCGUGGGGGCCUACUUCGGUUCGUCUUUCCCCCAGGUGUCCGGGGUGGUGGUGGGGGGCAACUUGGCUGAUUCUCUGUUUGGGAGUGGGGUGGAAGGGAGGUUGGAGAUGCUGGGGCUGGGGAGGAGGCCUCCUGAGAUGGGAAUGGGGUUGGACUCAAACCCGCCCCUGACGCUCAGUCCCCCAGAGCAAAGAGGAGACUGGGCUGGGCUGGGGCACCAAGCUACUGCUGCUAUAGAGGCUGGAUCCUCCACAGGUGGCAGCGCCAGUGCCAGUCACAGUGCCUUCUCCCUCGUCCCAGCUCCAGCACCCCCUACUGUCAGUCCUCCAGAGCUGCGGCUACGCGGCCACUCCUUCACCCAGUGGCAGCUGACCCGUCCAGAGCAGCCGGGCCUCUCCGACUGCCCCUCCAGCCUGCCCAGCGUGCCCUCUGCUGGGGCUGCUUUCUACGUCAGCUCUACCCCCUCCCAGCCCUUCGGCUCCAGCCACCCAGAACUCAGCCUGCCUCUGCCAGACAAAGACACAACCUCUGCUUCCACCUCUGCCUUUGCUGUAGAGUUUGGUGCGUUUGUUGGUAAGUAUAAGUGUGAGGAGAAAGACGAAGACACUAGCUGUGUGUACCCCACUAUUGUUGUGUCCAAGACUUCUGACAUUGCUCGCCCCAUUUGCCUGCCUGCUUCCAUUGAGAAACGGGAGGGAAUUGGUGAGAAGGAGGGGAGGGGUGAGUUGGAGAGGAGGAGGAGUGAGAGAGGGGGGAGGGCGAAAGGGAUGUGUGAGAGGGAGGGGAGGGCAGAGGGGGAGGGGUAUGUGAAUGAGGCAUUUUGCAAUGAUGAGGGAAGAUCCGAAGGAGUUCUGAUUGGUGGUCAGGGCAGAAACGCUGAGCUUCCAUUGGCUCCUGAGACCACCCGUCAGGCCGCCCCCUCGCCGCAUGCUGACGCUCACAGGAACAGCCCCCUCCCAGGCUGCACCCUGGCCCCUGCAGUGGUGCCCAGGAGACCCCGCUGCCAGAGGACCAGAGAGGUGGGGUCCUCAGGCCCCGUGGCCCAGCCGGGGGCCCCUCAGCAGGGGGAAAGAAGGACUGAAGCCCAUCUGAGAAGUGACAGGAGGGACACUACCAGAGAUAGAGGUUUGAGUCUCAGUCUGAGUUUAAGUUGGCAAUGGGCAAAUCUCAGAUCACUCUCUACCUUUCACCUGUAACACACCUUUUCCUAACCAGGGUGAAGUAUGGUUGUUGGUAUAAAGGGGUGUUCUGGGGUCUAACUAAAAUGAAAUAACCACAGGUGUGUUCUCAAACCCUAUUCAAAUACACUGAGCAUAACCUGAUAUGGGACCAUGCUUAAUCAAUAGACUUCAAAAUAAACCAAUCAGUAUGGCAUCAUGCUCAAUCAAUAAACUUCAUAAACUCAUAGCAACAACUCAUUGUCAUUCACCAGUAAAACAUGCACAUUCAAUAAACAGUUGCAACCUUAUACAGUGGGGAGAACAAGUAUUUGAUACACUGCCGAUUUUGCAGGUUUUCCUACUUACAAAGCAUGUAGAGGUCUGUAAUUUUUAUCAUAGGUACACUUCAACUGUGAGAGACGGAAUCUAAAACAAAAAUCCAGAAAAUCACAUUGUAUGAUUUUUAAGUAAUUAAUUUGCAUUUUAUUGCAUGACAUAAGUAUUUGAUACAUCAGAAAAGCAGAACAUAAUAUUUGGUACAGAAACCUUUGUUUGCAAUUACAGAGAUCAUACUAUUCCUGUAGGUCUUGACCAGGUUUGCACACACUGCAGCAGGGAUUUUGGCCCACUCCUCCAUACAGACCUUCUCCAGAUUUCGGGGCUGUCGCUGGUCAAUACGGACUUUCAGCUCCCUCCAAAGAUUUUCUAUUGGGUUCAGGUCUGGAGACUGGCUAGGCCACUCCAGGACCUUGAGAUGCUUUUUACAGAGCCACUCCUUAGUUGCCCUGGCUGUGUUUCAGGUCGUUAUCAUGCUGGAAGACCCAGCCACAACCCAUCUUCAAUGCUCUUACUGAGGGAAGGAGGUUGUUGGCCAAGAUCUCGCGAUACAUGGCCCCAUCCAUCCUCCCCUCAAUACGGUGCAGUCGUCCUGUCCCCUUUGCAGAAAAGCAUCCCCAAAGAAUGAUGUUUCCACCUCCAUGCUUCACGGUUGAGAUGGUGUUCUUGGGGUUGUACUCAUCCUUCUUCCUCCAAACACGGCGAGUGGAGUUUAGACCAAAAAGCUCUAUUUUUGUCUUAUCAGACCACAUGACCUUCUCCCAUUCCUCCUCUGGAUCAUCCAGAUGGUCAUUGGCAAACUUCUGACGGGGCCUGGACAUGCGCUGGCUUGAGCAGGGGGACCUUGCGUGUGCUGCAGGAUUUUAAUUCAUGACGGCAUAGUGUGUUACUAAUGGUUUUCUUUGAGACUGUGGUCCCAGCUCUCUUCAGGUUAUUGACCAGGUCCUGCCGUGUAGUUCUGGGCUGAUCCCUCACCUUCCUCAUGAUCAUUGAUGCCCCACGAGGUGAGAUCUUGCAUGGAGCCCCAGACCGAGGGUGAUUGACCAUCAUCUUGAACUUCUUCUAUUUUCUAAUAAUUGCGCCAACAGUUGUUGCCUUCUCACCAAGCUGCUUGCCUAUUGUCCUGUAGCCUAUCCCAGCCUUGUGCAGGUCUACAAUUUUAUCCCUGAUGUCCUUACACAGCCCUCUGGUCUUGGCCAUUGUGGAGAGGUUGGAGUCUGUUUGAUUGAGUGUGUGGACAGGUGUCUUUUAUACAGGUAACGAGUUCAAACAGGUGCAGUUAAUACAGGUAAUGAGUGGAGAACAGGAGGGCUUCUUAAAGAAAAACUAACAGGUCUGUGAGAGCCGGAAUUCUUACUAGUUGGUAGGUGAUCAAAUACUUAUGUCAUGCAAUAAAAUGCAAAUGAAUUACUUAAAAAUCAUACAAUGUGAUUUUCUGGAAUUUUGUUUUAGAUUCCGUCUCUCACAGUUGAAGUGUACCUAUGAUAAAUAUUACAGACCUCUACAUGCUUUGUAAGUAGGAAAACCUGCAAAAUCGGCAGUGUAUCAAAUACAUGUUCUCCCCACUUUAUAUAUUCACAGCUCUGAAACUUUAUAUAGUCUUACUACAUUGCAGGCCUGUGCUUCGUACCUUAACAGGGACUAGAUGAGGAAGAGCAGUCCUCGCGCUUCUGUGUGCAAAUGUGCAUGUGUUUUCUGGAAGCGGGAGUUCCAAUGCAGGCGAGGGCGGUCUGUAGCCAGUGCGGUAGUGGGAAACAGAGAGCUAGCGAUAUCAGGUUGAUAUCUGAGCUCGAUAUAAACUACUUUGACACACGGUAGUGUACUUACAAUAUACAUGUCUCUGCCUCUUAUGGAGAUGGCUUGCUACGCUAGUUAUCUAGCUGGUGUUGGCUAGCUAGCGGCAAAUAUUAGCUAGCUUCGCAUUGUACCUUCAGACAGGACCCAGAGGAAACUGUAGAAUUGCCGGUAUCUUGAGUCGCUAUCUUAGAGGUAUACUACAAUUUGAAGCUAGAACUACUCAGGCUUCUAUAAAGUUUCAGUUAGCUUCACAUUCAAGCUCAGGCUUCAUCCAUACUAAGGUGGAUAUUGAUCAUGCAGCUAACGCAAGCAAGCUCAGAGGGGAUUUCCACAUAACACGAUAAUUCGGGAUAGCCACUCUAGCUUCACCCUAAUGUGGGUGCUAUCAAGCAAGGUUGUUUCAUCGCCCCCAUCUUUUUAUAUGGAAAUGCACUGUCAGUAUGUUUUAACUACACUUGUAUUCUACCUCGCCCUUCGCCCUCGUGUGGGUGCUAGCAAGCUAGGUAGUGCUAGAUAUCAACAGCCAAUCCAUUAGGGACUGGAAGCUAUACUGAGCUUCAAUUGGUCAAGGGUGAUGUUGCAGAGUAUUUGCAUAAAUGUUCCUGUUUCCCCAACUUUGGUCCCGCCCUGUUCACGUCCCUCGCCCAUGCUCUCAUCAGCCAACAUUCCCCCGCCCACUUAGCUUCUUUUCCAUUGGAAAAUAAUGGCUUUUUGUAGUUUCAUCGCCCACAUCACUUCAGUUAACUGUACGUGCAUGUCGCACAUGGCUAGUCGAACGCCAAACUCUUAAUUGAGACAAUGCUCACAUUUUAAUUUUUGCCAAAAUCAACAUGAAAGAAAAGUUAUCUUGCAAAUUCAGCAGGCUAUGAUGUGAAAUAGGUGCCGUGAUUAUUUUAUUAAGUAUAGUUAAUGCCGUCUUUGUGCUUUGGUAUGCCUAUCAAUGCACGAGCACCUUUUCCCCCACCUAUCGAUACAAUAAUUUUAGAAAAUCAUACAAAGGUUUUAGUCUGCGUGCACUUUCAAAUGCAUGCUGUCAUUACUAAAUGUGUAAUGUGAUCUGUAUUUUGAAUAUUACUAUAGAAAAAGUUUAAAUUAAAAUAAAAUAUUUAAUCAGUCAUCUUCCUCAAAUGAAGGGGAUGACGACAGUCUUUGCGAGAGGGAUGGAAUCUAAUUUCAUUAGUCCUCAACUCGAGGCUCAGACACUUCAUUCAGGAUAAAUGGAUUUAGCCAUGAGUUAGCCUUCCCCUGAGCACGUUAGGUCUGAAGGAUUCGUUGCCAUAUAAACCUACCUGGCUAAAAGGUGAGCCACUUUUGUAUGACCGGUUAUCCAAAAUUGAGCUCCGAGUUGACCACACUUACCUCGCUAACUCUUCUUUGUAGUAUAGGGCUCGGGUCUCGUCACUGUCAUCAACUCUUCUUAGCCACUUAUACAGGUCACAUGCUGGUAUGUUACAUAUACAACAGAUAUUUACUUUACAGCUAAACGGUUACAGCAGUCUGCUGUAAAGUGGGAAUCAAAAUCACCUCAGAACUAACUAUUGUAAUUUGUUCCCUUCACUUCCCCUACGUACGUCUGAUUUGGCUAAGGGGGACCUUUUAAAGACGCUGCAUGGUCAAUCUGACGUCUGCAUUGGCCAUGCAGCAUUUAUGGUGGUACGGCCUCUACAGACGUCAGGGCAUUCAUACUUCUUACAUUUCGCGAAGCAGCGCAGAGCUGUUAAGGAAGUGAGUUUGUGUUUAUACAGGCCCUCCCACCCUCACCUACCGUCAACCAAUCAUGUCAAUGCUGAGCUAUACGGAAAAUUACAACAUUUGAGAGGCGCACGGGAUGCAGAGCUCAAUUUGGCCUCUGCAUGCCUCCGGAGGCUCCGCAAUUGCGUCACACUAUCCAUACGGCGCCUCCGACCACAUUUGUGGAUCAAGCAUAAAUUGGCACUUAGUCAGCAACGGGGAAUAAUGCUGCGUUCAUAACCAAGUGGGAAGUUGGUAGGCCAAUUUAGCACAUACGCCUUACAUUGAAGCCAUGAUGUUUAAGGCAGAUCGGGAUACUGCAGGCUGUUUUAUCCAGAAAGCAGGAUACCUCAUUAUAGUCAAUGGGAAAAUGGCAAUCUUUGUGGUCAAUAUUCGUGAGAAUUUCUUUUUAUCCAAAACAAUCAUAGUACGAAUAAUUGCUUCUAUUACACAGAUAUAUGUCCUUGCACCUAUUUUUUGUAAAAUAAGUUUGUAAAAUAAUUGGUUCAAGGACAUGCAUCUGGUAUAAUAGAAACAAUUAUUGGAAUUGCACACAGAAUACUGUAAGUUAAUGAUAAUUUAUUUGCUACCGGCAGCCUGCAGUAUCAUCCAGUUGAACGCCCCUCCAACUCAAUAAUUACUGGUGGGAAACUUGUCUCAUCCCUGAGCUCCGACUUCUCGCACAUGCUGAUCUCUGACUUUGAUAACAGCAUUUUCAGUAAAAUGUAACAAUUAUUCAUAAAAAGCUAUUUACUAAUAUGAUUUUUGAAAACUAUAUAAUAUGUUUACAAGCAUGAUAGCUGUACAUUUAGUUUAUGGUUGACACCACUUGUUGGCCAUUAGCCAAUCUGUGUUUCUCAACGAGUUGAAAGCACGUGAACACCUCCAACUGUUAUUAACUUCACAACUGGUAAUUACCACCUUUCCACUUAGGUAUGAACGCGGUAGUGCACUACAUAGAGAGCAGGGUGUGAUUUGGGACGUUACCUAGGAAGAAGUGCCAGGGAUGUAGGGUGCUAGGAUCAGCUUUGUAAUUGACUUGUCGUCAUUGUCUCUCUUUCAGAUCUGUCUCUUUCUUUCUCUCCUCGCUCUCGCUCUCUCCCUGUCAAUUAGUGUGUCCACCUUUUGUCUUGUCUAACGUCGUUGGGGUGUUGGCCUCUGGUUGCAGGGGACAGGGUUGUGACUGUAUCACCAUGGAUUGAUUGAUUGGUUGGUUGAGAUUUGCACCCUUUCCUGAAUUUGUCUGUAUUGGUUAAAGGGUUUGUCACAUGGAAAGGUGAAAGGUUGAGGUACCUACCCUCCGUCCAUCUGUCUUCCAGUGACUGUCCAAGAGGUCUAAGAUGUUCUCUCUAAGGCACAGAACCAGGUGUGGCCAACCCCUGACCUGGGUCAGGGUUGGGGUCAAUUCCAUUUUAAUUCAGGAAGUUAUCAAAUUUGAAUUGAAAUUAACCCCAACAAAAAAGCCUGCGACUCUGCAGCCUUCCAGGACCAGUGUUGGCCACCCCUGGUGUGAUGCUGUCUAUGUAUCUGUCUGACUAACAGUGUUCUGGUCCUCCAGGUCAUAAAGACAACCUGCACCUGGACCUGCAGCGCUCCUUCCCCAGAGACAUCUCCUCCAGACAGCUCAGCCCAGCCACACGGCACAGGGAACAGGUGAGAGAGUAUGUGGGAUUACGUGUGUGUGUUCCUCCUAGGUAUUGAGGCAGUUAUUUACUUUCGCUUAGUUCCCGUUUGGGAAGUGGUUGUUGGUUGGUAGAAUGUUAGUCAUUGUUAUGACCAUUUUAAAAACCAGAACCUGUUAGUUCUAGUUCGAUAUUUCUACCAGGGCAGGGGGCAGAGCAGUUUAGUUCCAUGUGAUCAAUUUAUUUACAUGAAACAUCACAGAGACACUUCCACAGAACAAACCAGAAUUCCUCAAUGGCUUCCUGUCCAAACACAUUGUCCCCACAAAUCCUAACCUUAGCCUCACUAUGUGAAAAACACGAAAACUGAUCUCAUCAGCAGAGCCCAGUAGGAGGAAGUUGCUCCUAGAUACUGAUGCCGGUGUGUCUUUCUCUCUGUCUACAGGGUCAUCCUGAAGGCCAAGGUAAUAUGAGGACGGUCAACUCGUACGCUGGCUUCACUGAGUUUGACCGGAGUCCCUCCUUCCUCCACCCAGACUCCUGUAAGUCCAGGAAGUUAGAGAUGUGUUGCUAGACACAUGAAUACACUGCAGAACCCUGACAAGACCUGCCAGAGGUCAACGACAUGUAUACCAUGUCUGUUAACUGUAAGUGUCUUUGGUUGUUGUGUGUCUCUGCAGCUCUGAGUAAGAGAGAAAGGAGCAGAGUGUCAGCGGAAGACAUCCUCAUCCAAGAAGACCCCCGAGCUGCACUACUACUGGUGAGAACUGUUCCAUAACUAUAUGAUGUCUCACACCCCUUCAGGUCCUGAAAUCACUUCUGACUGUAUAACUGACUGACUGACUGGUAUGUUUUCCUGUCUCCUCAGGAGAGGGCUCAGGUCAAGACAGCUCAGGCCAGCAGUCUGUAAGUACCUGACAUGCAUUCCUACCUUCAUCCUGGUUUUUCAGCUGGGGUCCACUUAUACUUAGAGCCCUGGAUCUUACAGCCCUGGAUCUUACAGCCCUGGAUCUUACAGCCCUGGAUCUUACAGCCCUGGAAGAGUAGAGUAGAUUCAUUCACCUACAGCCGUGGGUCUAGUAGAGUAUAAUAGAUCUCUUGAUUGUUGAUCAGUUCAGUGUUUCCACAGCGUGGUUUGUAACCCUGGGCCAAGCCUGGCUUACCAUUACCAUGGUGACAGGAAACAAUGUUCCAAUCACAUUUCCAACACAGCCAUUAGGGUUAGGGUGAGUGGGUGGUUCGUAGGCUCCCUGCAUUAUAGCUUCAGAAUCUAUGAAAGUGUUAGUUCGUUAAUGAAUAGGUGAACAGUGUUGUACUACUACUGUUCUACUGUAUAGGUUAAUGUGUUGUGUAGUAUCAGCUGUAGAGGUGGAUCAUAGACUUGGACAACACAUCUUUGUAUCAGUCCCAUUAUGGCGUCUGUGAGGGCAUGGGCAGCGCCAUUGAGGCCUUCUCCAUUUUAGAGUAGUCCAUUUUCUUCUUCCACUACUUCUAUGUGUUGGUAAACAAACUGAAAGGGGGCAUACUGACACCUGUAGUGUGUUGUUUGAACAGGUAUAAAGCCAAGGUUGGCGAUUUUACUGCCACAUGCAGUUAUGGAACAUUUGCUCACAAGUAUAAUUCAUUGGCUGAUCCCUCCUGAUGACCUGGAUGGAAUUGUGUGAUCCUUCCUUAACCCAUAGGAAGUCCCACCCAGUUGACUACUUUAAAACGGUGGAAGUCCUCAAUGGCAAUGUCCAUGCAAAAACGUGUUAUUUCCAAGUAAUGAUCUCUAUCUCUAUGAGGUGGAUGUUAAUGUCCGUUGUGUGUUCUCUCUCUCAGCAGGGCACCAGGGGAGGACUCAGGAAUAAAUGGUAUGUGUCCAUUGGAACUUGCUGUCUCUACGAUUACUGUAAAUUGAUAGUUCCUGAUUUCUUUCUCUGAGAUGAACAAGGAUGACAGGCUAUUCACCCCUGUGGUCAUGUCUCUGGCUGAUGAUCUCUUCUCUCCUUCCUCUCAGCUGCAUCAUGUCUCUACAGACACGCCCACCUGGGGAGCAGGAAGGACUGUGAGUGGAUGUGAACUAUCCCUUUAACCACUUCUAACUCAUUGGGAUGUGAACUAUCCCUUUAACUACAUCUAACUAAUUGUGAUGUGAACUAUCCCUUUAACUACGUCUAACUCAUUGUGAUGUGAACUAUCCCUUUAACUGUCUAACACAUUGUGUUGUGAACUAUCCCUUUAACUAUGUCUAACUCAUUGGGAUGUGAACUAUCCCUUUAACUAUGUCUAACUCAUUGGGAUGUGAACUAUCCCUUUAACUACGUCUAACUCAUUGUGAUGUGAACUAUCCCUUUAACUAUGUCUAACUCAUUGGGAUGUGAACUAUCCCUUAAACUAUGUCUAACUCAUUGGGAUGUGAACUAUCCCUUUAACUAUGUCUAACUCAUUGUGAUGUGAACUAUCCCUUUAACUAUGUCUAACUCAUUGUGAUGUGAACUAUCCCUUUAACUACGUCUAACUCAUUGGGAUGUGAACUAUCCCUUUAACUAUGUGUAACUCAUUGUUCAUCCACCUCUUCACCUCAAUGUACUUUUUCAUUCUUAUUCUCUUCUCUACAUGCUUAUUUCUUUCUUAUUUUUUACUUGUACUUUUAUUAGCAAAUGUCAUGAGAGGAGAGCUUGCAAGUAAGCAUUUUGUUGUAUUGUGUACAUUUGCUGUAAACCAUGCAUAUCACAAAUACACUUUAGAUUUGAUUGGACAGGAUUUGAAUAACUGAUCUUUAUUAUUAUUUUUGUAGCAAUUGGUUCCCCGUUCAAGCCAAUGGAAAGCUACCAAUACUCAGGUGAGGUUUGGUCCUCUGUAGCUCAGCUGGUAGAGCACGGCUCUUGUAACGCCAAGGUAGUGGGUUCGAUCCCCGGGACCACCCAUACACAAAAAAAAAAAUGUAUGCACGCAUGACUGUAAGUCGCUUUGGAUAAAAGCGUCUGCUAAAUGGCAUAUUAUUAUUAUUAUUAUUAUUAAAUCAUACUUUAGUCAGUUGCAAGUCACACCCUAUUUCCCACUACAUGGAGUAGGAUGUCAUUUUACUAUGUUGUGUGUAUUUGACCUAUGUGUGUGUAUGCACGUGUGUGUUCCCUCCCUGUAGCUGUGGAGCGUAACAACCUGAUGAGGCUGUCUCAGAGCAUCCCCUUCACCCCAGUUCCCCCUAGAGGUAAGAUACAACAUUGCACAUCCCAUUCAUCCCAGUGCCCCCUAGAGGUAAGAUACGGUAUGACACCACACCUCUCCCCCUUGACCUGGGUCCUUUUCAUCAGGCACCACAUGGAAAAAAAUGGGCUGAUAAGAAACGCUCAUUGUCCCCUACGAUUGAAUCAGAGUGUGACUAUGGAUUUGUCUCCGUCCGUUUGUGCGUACAUUAAUCACACGCGAUAUCGCUCGUCCAUAUAUGUAUAUAUUCUUAAUUCAUUCCUUACUUAGGUUUGUGUGUAUUGGGUAUAUGUUGUGAAAUUGUUAGAUAUUACUUGUUAGAUAUUACAGCAUUGUCGGAACUAGAAGCACAAGCAUUUCGCUACACCCGCAAUAACAUCUGCUAAACACAUGUAUGUGACCAAUAACAUUUUAUUUUAUUUGAUAUCUCAGACACCACUGACCCGAUUUUGAGGAAACUUGGUUGAAUGAUGCUUCUUGCCAUAGUGCCAUAGAGAUCCGGCAUUUACAAAUGUACACUGAUUGGCCAAGGGGCGCGCAAUAGUAAUCAACUGAAAUGUCUAACUUUGAACAAGCAUAUCUCCUCUCCCAUUUAAGCUACAGUCAUGACAUUUUCAGUGAGGGAAAAAAGUAUUUGAUCCCCUGCUGAUUUUGUACGUUUGCCCACUGACAAAGACAUGAUCAGUCUAUAAUUUUAAUGGUAGGUUUAUUUGAACAGUGAGACACAGAAUAAAAAAAUUCCAGAAAAACGCAUGUCAAAAAUGUUAUAAAUUGAUUUGCAUUUUAAUGAGGGAAAUAAGUAUUUGACCCCUCUGCAAAACAUGACUUAGUACUUGGUGGCAAAACCCUUGUUGGCAAUCACAGAGGUCAGACGUUUCUUGUAGUUGGCCACCAGGUUUGCACACAUCUCAGGAGGGAUUUUGUUCCACUCCUCUUUGCAGAUCUUCUCCAAGUCAUUAAGGUUUCGAGGCUGACGUUUGGCAACUCAAACCUUCAGCUCCCUCCACAGAUUUUCUAUGGGAUUAAGGUCUGGAGACUGGCUAGGCCACUCCAGGACCUUAAUGUGCUUCUUCUUGAGCCACUCCUUUGUUGCCUUGGCCGUGUGUUUUGGGUCAUUGUCAUGCUGGAAUACCCAUCCACGACCCAUUUUCAAUGCCCUGGCUGAGGGAAGGAGGUUCUCACCCAAGAUUUGACGGUACAUGGCCCCGUCCAUCGUCCCUUUGAUGCGGUGAAGUUGUCCUGUCCUCUUAGCAGAAAAACACCCCCAAAGCAUAAUGUUUCCACCUCCAUGUUUGACGGUGGGGAUGGUGUUCUUGGGGUCAUAGGCAGCAUUCCUCCUCCUCCAAACACGGCGAGUUGAGUUGAUGCCAAAGAGCUUGAUUUUGGUCUCAUCUGACCACAACACUUUCACCCAGUUCUCCUCUGAAUCAUUCAGAUGUUCAUUGGCAAACUUCAGACGGCCCUGUAUAUGUGCUUUCUUUAGCAGGGGGACCUUGCGGGCGCUGUAGGAUUUCAGUCCUUCAUGGCGUAGUGUGUUUACCAAUUGUUUUCUUGGUGACUAUGGUCCCAGCUGCCUUGAGAUCAUUGACAAGAUCCUCCCGUGUAGUUCUAGGCUGAUUCCUCACCGUUCUCAUGAUCAUUGCAACUCCACAAGGUGAGAUCUUGCAUGGAGCCCCAGGCCGAGGGAGAUUGACAGUUAUUUUGUGUUUCUUCCAUUUGCGAAUAAUCGCACCAACUGUUGUCACCUUCUCACCAAGCUGCUUGGCGAUGGUCUUGUAGCCCAUUCCAGCCUUGUGUAGGUCUACAAUCUUGUCCCGGACAUCCUUGGAGAGCUCUUUGGUCUUGGCCAUGGUGGAGAGUUUGGAAUCUGAUUGAUUGAUUGCUUCUGUGGACAGGUGUCUUUUAUACAGGUAACAAGCUGAGAUUAGGAGCACUCCCUUUAAGAGUGUGCUCCUAAUCUCAGCUCGUUACCUGUAUAAAAGACACCUGGGAGCCAGAAAUCUUUCUGAUUGAGAGGGGGUCAAAUACUUAUUUCCCUCAUUAAAAUGCAAAUCAAUUUAUAACAUUUUUGACAUGCGUUUUUCUGGAUUUUGUUGUUGUUAUUCUGUCUCUCACUGUUCAAAUUAACCUACCAUUAAAAUUAUAGACUGAUCAUUUCUUUGUCAGUGGGCAAACGUACAAAAUCAGCAGGGGAUCAAAUACUUUUUUCCCUCACUGUAUAUGCAGACCCUCAUGAGCAACAAGUUUCCCAUAAGGACAUGUAAGAUCCGCCCAUUUGAUUUUCUGCAAAUGAGACUUUUUCUCCCCCACCAAACUUUGAACAAGCAUAUCUCCUGUCCCGUUUGAGCUACAAUCAUGUAAUUUCGUACAUAUGCAUCUCCUCAUGAGAAAUACGUUUCCAAUAAGGACCUUUUUUCUCUCUCAUUAAUCCAUGCAACGUACGUUUGAAUAAUUUUCACUAAUUGGCCCAAGAGGGUGUGGGUGGGGGGCGCUGCAUAAUUUGUGAGUACAACAUGUUUACUGGUGCCUUGUUUUAAUUUUCCACAGUGAAAUGCUUUUAACAGUUUUCCAUUGCGUGACGUUCUCCAUUGCGUGAACACGACCCUAAUUACGCUUUGCCCUUUUCAACUGAUUCGGGAUCCAUUUUCUUCCACUGUGGUGGUUUCACGGACCGUGUCCUACUGUCUGACUCAGCUAUAGUCUAGCUAGUUGAAAGGACUGCAGUGUUGGGGUCAAUUCCGUUUCAAUUCAGGAAGUAAACUGAAAUUCCAUUCCCAGUGUUUCUAAUUUAUAAACAAUGAGAUUGAACUGUCCCACCCCAACCCUGGAGAACUGGACAGGUGCAGGCAAGGUGACCCCACCCAGCCCCAGCCCCGGGACAGGAGACUGGGCAGGUGACCUUGUCCUUGUCCUAUCACCGGUCUGUUAGAAUGAGGACGUAAAGUGGGACAUAUCAUGGCCAGUUAAGGGAAAUAAGGAAGCCAGUUUAACCAAUAAAUAAUAGGUUAACUCCCCCUGACACACCCUCUGAGAGUGGGUUCACGGCCAGGGUCAAAACCAGUUUAACCUAUAAACGCCCUAUCCUGUGUGGCCGCAAUUAUGUAUUUAACACACACCCAUACAACACUGUCUUGUGUGUGUGUGUGUGUGUGUGUGUGUGCUGCCCCCUGUAGGUGAGCCAGUAACAGUAUAUCGUCUGGAGGAGAGUUCUCCCAACACCAUCAACAACAGCAUGUCCUCCUGGGCUCACAAAGGUCUCUGUGCCAAGAUAGAGUUCCUCAGUAAGGAGGAGAUGGGAGGGGGGCUGCGGCGUGCACUCAAGGUAUAGUUGGUGUGUGUGGGGUCACUACUGUGCACUGUCUUCUACAUGUAACUGAACAUGGAAAAGUAUUGCUAUUGGUUUGUUGCUUUUGUUGUUGUUGGUUUGUUGCAUUGUUGUACAAUAAUGUAUUUCUCAGAAGGAAAAUAAACUAUAACUAUUGUAUUCUACUCUAGGUGCUGUGUACGUGGUCGGAGUAUGACAUUCUGAAGCCAGGUCACCUGUAUAUCGUUAAGUCCUUCCUACCAGAGGUGGUCCAGACCUGGCAGAGCAUCUACAAGGAGGACACUGUGCUGCUGCUCUGUCUCAGGGUAGAGGAGAACGCGCUUCACCCAACGAUAUAUACACUGAGUGUACAAAACAUUAGGAACACCUUCCUAAUCAAGGCUUUAAAAUCCUUCUUUAACCUGUCUCCUCCCCAUCAUCUACACUGAUUGAAGUGGAUUUAAAAGGUGACAUCAAUAAGGGAUUAUAGCUUUCACCUGGUCCGUUUGUCAUGGAAAGGGCCAUGUUUUGUACACUCAGUGUUUCCCUGAUUCAUUCCCAUUACUCAAAGCCCCGAAAGGAGGACUAGGAAUAUGGCGACCUGGUGGCUUCAAAGGCUCUUAUUGGCCAAGACAUAGCGUCAGCUAUCCAGGGCUUACAGUGCAUUCGGAAAGUAUUCAGACCAUUGACCUACACACAAUACCCCAUAAUGACAAAGUGAAAACAGUUUCUUUUUUACAUUUUUGCAAAUGACAAAAAAAUUAAAACAGAAAUACCUUAUUUACAUAAGUAUUCAGACCCUUUGCUAUGAGACUCAAUAUUGAGCUCAGGUGCAUCCUGUUUCCAUUGAUCAUCCUUGAUGUUUCUACAACAUGAUUGGAGUCCACCUGUGGUAAAUUCAAUUGAUUGGACAUGAUUUGGAAAGGCACACACCUGUCUAUAUAAUGUCUCACAGUUGACAGUGCGUGUCAGAGCAAAAACUAAGCCAUGAGGUGGAAGGAAUUGUCCGUAGAGCUCUGAGACAGGAUUGUGUCGAGGCACAGAUCUGAGGAAGGGUACCAAAACAUUUCUGCUGCAUUGAAGGUCUCCAAGAACACAGUGGCCUCCAUUCUUAAAUGGAAGAAGUUUGGAACCACCAAGACUCUUCCUAGAGCUGGCCAGCCAGCCAAACUGAGCAAUCGGGGGAGAAGGGCCUUGGUCAGGGAGGUGACCAAGAUCCGAUGGUCACUCUGACAGAGGUCCAGAGUUCCUCUGUGGAGAUGGAAGAACCUUCCAGAAGGACAACCAUCUCUGCAGCACUCCACCAAUCAGGCCUUUAUGGUACAGUGGCCAGAAGGAAGCCACUCCUCAGUAAAAGGCACAUGACAGCCCGCUUGGAGUUUGCCAAAAGGCACCUAAAGGACUCUCGGACCAUGAAAAACAAGAUUCUCUGGUCUGAUGAAACCAAGAUUGAACUCUCUGGCCUGAAUGCCAAGCGUCACGUCUGGAGGAAACCUGGCAACAUCCCUACGGUGAAGCAUGGUGGUGGCAGCAUUAUGCUGUGGGGAUGUUUUUCAGCGGCAGGGACUGGGAGACUAGUCAGGAUUGAGUAAAAGAUGAACGGUGCAAAGUACAGAGAGAUCCUUGAUGAAAACCUGCUACAGAGCGCUCAGGACCUUAGACUGGGGGUGAAGGUUUACCUUCCAACAGGACAACUACCCUAAGCACACAGCCAAGUUAACGCAGGAGUGGCUUCGGGACAAGUCUCUGAAUGUCCUUGAGUGGCCCAGCCAGAGCCCGGACUUGAACCCAAUCGAACAUCUCUGGAGAUGUGCAAUGACGCUCCCCAUCCAACCUGACAGAGCUUGAGAGGAUCUGCAGAGAAGAAUGGGAGAAACUCCCCAAAUACAGGUGUGCCAAGCUUGUAGUGUCAUACUCAAGAAGACUCAAGGCUGUAAUCGCUGCCAAAGGUGCUUGAACAAAGUACUGAGUAAAGGGUCUGAAUACUUAUCUAAAUGUGAUAUUUCUGGUUUUUAAUUUUAAUAAAUUUGCAAAAAUUUCUAAAAUCCUGGUUUUGCUUUGCCAUUAUGGGGUAUUGUGUGUAGAUUGAUGAGCGGGGGGGGGGGACAAUAUAAGAUUUAACAUAACAAAAUGUGGAAAGGGUCUGAAUACGUUCCGAAUGCACUGUAUAUACGUAAUUGGCUUCACCUCUGUACGUAUACACACACACACACACACACACACACACACACACACACACACAAUAGCAGGACACAACUCUAUGGUUAGUUUUCCACCCUCUCUUCCUCCAUUCUAUUCAUCCAUCCUUCCUCCUCUAUUGUCUAUUCAAGGCUAUUUCAUGUGGAAAUAUGGAAAUACCUCAUACACUGGGAUCAUCUCUCUCUCUCUCAUUCAUUGAUUUCUCUUUUGACAGGAAAUUCAACAGCAGAGAGCUGCUCAGAAACUGACAUUUGCCUUCAACCAAAUAAGGCCCAAGACAAUCCCUUACUCUCCCAGGUACACACACACACACACACACCAGAGCUAUAUGGCACAGUUCUCAUUUAGCUGCUUGGUUUCAGGUGUUUUCAGCUGCUAACAUUAAAAAUGAUUUUAUUUUGGCAUUUUAAACAUGAAUUUCAGAAGACAGAGUGCCCACCUCUCUGUCUCUCUGUCUCUGUGUGUAGGUUUCUGGAGGUGUUUCUGUUGUACUGUCACUCUGCAGGCCAGUGGUUUGCUAUAGAGGAGUGUAUUACUGGAGAGUUCAGGAAGUUUAACAAUAACAACGGGGACGAGAUUGUCCCGACCAACCUUCUGGAGGAGACCAUGCUGGCCUUCAGCCACUGGACAUACGAGUACACCCGGGGAGAGCUGUUAGUGCUGGACCUACAAGGUAAUACUGACCUUCAACCCCUAACCUUUAACCCCUGACCCUUCAGUGACUGGACAUACAGUACCAGUCAAAGGUUUGGACACACCUACUAAUUCAAGGAUUUUUCUUUCUUUUUUACUAUUUUCUACAUUGUAGAAUAAUAGUGAAGACCAAAAGUGUUAAACAAAUCAAAAUAUAUUUUAGAUUUUAGAUUCUUCAAAGUAGCCACCCUUUGCCUUGAUGACAGCUUUGCACACUCUUGGCAUUCCUAACCCCUGACCUCCAACCCCUAACCUUUAACCCCUGACACUUCAGUGACUGGACAUACGAGAACACCAGGAGAGAGUUGUGCUGGGCUGGUCAAAAUCCUGUAAAUACAAAUCCCUCCCAUUAGUAACUGCUAUCUCUGUGUUUGUGUUUUUUAGGAGUGGGGGAGAUUCUGACUGAUCCGUCUGUCAUAAAGAGUGGAGAGAAGGGGUGUGUAAACCUGUUUCUGUUCUCUCAAAUUCAAAAAUCAUGUUUCACUUUGUUGUAAAACCUUUAUAACAUUCCCAUUUUAAUCCAUAGAUCAUACAACACAAUAUUUGGACCUUUAGAAUGCUCACAUAAUUAAUAAUAAUAAUGUUGUCUUGAUUAAUCUGUAGGUCAUAUGACAUGAUAUUUGGUCCUGCCAACCUGGGAGACGACGCCAUCAGAAACUUCCGUGCCAAACACCACUGUAACUCCUGCUGCAGGAAACUCAAACUUCCCGGUAGGGAAUUCUCUCUCUGUUUGUUUUCCGUUUGCAUCCGAGUGUGUCCGUUACUAUGGAGACGGGGUGAGCUUAUCUGUUGCUAUGGGGACAGAGGACUGUGGGCGAAAGGGGACAAUGCAGAUUCGAAUAUAAGGCUCUAGGACAAUGGAGUAGUGACAUUGUUACAGUGCCUUGCAAAGGUAUUCAUCCCCCUUGGCGUUUUUCCUAUUUUGUUGCAUUACAACAAAUUUAAAUUGUACUGCAAAUUUAAAUUGAUUUUUAUUUGGAUUUCAUGUAAUGGACAUACACAAAAUAGUCCAAAUUGGUGAAGUGAAAUGAAAAAAGUAACUUGUUUCAAACAAAUCUAAUAAAUAACGGAAAAGUGGUGCGUGCAUAUGUAUUCACCCCCUUUGCUAUGAAGCCCCUAAAUAAGAUCUGGUGCAACCAAUUAUCUUCAGAAGUCACAUAAUUAGUUAAUAAAGUCCAAUCUAAGUGUCACAUGAUCUGUCACAUGAUCUCAGUGUAUAUAUACACACACCUGUUCUGAAAGGCCCCAGAGUCUGCAACACCACUAAGCAAGGGGUACACCAAGCAAGCGGCACCAUGAAGACCAAGGAGCUCUCCAAACAGGUCAGGGACAAAGUUGUGGAGAAGUACAGAUCAGGGUUGGGUUAUAAAAAAAAUAUCAGACACUUUGAACAUCCCACGGAGCAUCAUUAAAUCCAUUCUUAAAAAUGUUUAAGAAUAUGGCACCACAACAAACCUGCCAAGAGAGGGCCACCCACCAAAACUCACGGACCAGGCAAGGAGGGCAUUAAUCAGAGAGGCAACAAAGAGACCAAAGAUAACCCUGAAGGAACUGCAAAGCUCCACAGCGGAGAUUGGAGUAUCUGUCCAUAGGACCACUUUAAGCCGUACACUCCACAGAGCUGGGCUUUAUGGAAGAGUGGCCAGAAAAGGCCAUUGCUUAAAGAAAAAAAUAAGCAAACACAUUUGGUGUUCGGCAUGUGGGAGACUCCCCAAACAUAUGGAAGAAGGUACUCUGGUCAGAUGAGACUAAAAUUGAGCUUUUUGGCCAUCAAGGAAAACGCUAUGUCUGGUGCAAACCCAACACCUCUCAUCACCCCGAGAACACCAUCCCUACAGUGAAGCAUGGUGGUGGCAGCAUCAUGCUGUGGGGAUGUUUUUCAUCGGCAGGGACUGGGAAACUGGUCAGAAUUGAAGAAAUGAUGGAUGGCGCUAAAUACAGGGGAAUUCUUGAGGGAAACCUGUUUCAGUCUUCCAGAGAUUUGAGACUGGGACGGAGGUUCACCUUCUAGCAGGACAAUUACCCUAAGCAUACUGCUAAAGCAACACUCGAGUGGUUUAAGGGGAAACAUUUAAAUGUCUUGGAAUGGCCUAGUCAAAGCCCAGACCUCAAUCCAAUUGAGAAUCUGUGGUAUGACUUAAAGAUUGCUGUACACCAGCAGAACCCAUCCAACUUGAAGGAGCUGGAGCAGUUUUGCCUUGAAGAAUAGGCAAAAAUCCCAGUGGCUAGAUGUGCCAAGCUUAUAGAGACAUACCCCAAGAGACUUGCAGCUGUAAUUGCUGCAAAAGGUGGCUCUACAAAGUAUUGACUUUGGGGGGGUGAAUAGUUAUGCACGCUCAAGCUUUCUGUUUUUUUGUCUUAUUUCUUGUUUGUUUCACAAUAAAAAAAUCCAUUUAAAUUCCAGGUUGUAAGGCAACAAAAUAGGAAAAAUGCCAAGGGGGGUGAAUACUUUCGCAAGCCACUGUAUUUCAGCUGUAUGUAAUAGAUGGAUGCCUGUCUGUCUGCCUCAUCUCUCUCCUCUUCCUGUGUCUGUUCAGAUCUGAAGCGGAACGAGUACACGCCGGACAAACUGAUGCUGCCUCAGGACGAAUCACACGACCCCGGAAGCGGGACCCGCCCCUCAAUGAGGCUCAUGCUCUGAUCCUAUUGGACAGAGAUCAGAGAGAAGAGGCCAGUGCUGUUAUUCUAUUGGCCAAUGCCAUAGAGGAGGAAGGAAGAAGUAGUGCGCAGACCUCAUCGGUCAUGGCUAGAAGGGAUCCAGCUUUUGUCAAAUUAGCUUCAGAUUUGACUUUUCAUAGCAGGUUAGGAGAAUUAGGUUAAUGUUAGGAAAAGAGUUAGGGUUAGCUAAAAUAAAAUAAAACGUUUUACAUUAAUUUGACAAAAGCUGGAUGAGGUGGGUUUAGCCAUGACCCACCUCAUCCAAUCAACUGGAAGAGCCACGCCUGUGUUUCCAUGGAGACCAAUGCAUGCAUGCAGAACUGUGUUACUUUUGUAUCUGUCCUACCAGAAACUGUGUCCAACCAACACCAAUCAGCAACCAAGAAGAUUCUUUUUU